GCCACCCAGCGGCCUCGCCUUUUGAGGCGCGGUGUCUCCUCAGGGCUGCCAGGCCGGCGUUCGGAAAGGGAACGGCGCCCCCCGGCAGCAGCGUCUCGCUUUUGAAAUGAUUAUUGGUAUUGUUUAAAUUAUUAGUAUUGUUAUUUUAACAGCCCUCGACUGUUGAACGAUCUUUGGCUUUCUAAAUGUGUUUUUGUGUGGUAUAUUCAUUAUAAUUAUUAUGUCCCGCAUUUUGUGGUUUUAUGCAGUAAACCGCCCUGUGAUCCUCGGAUGAAGAGCUGUAUAUAAAAAUGUAAUAAAUAAACAAAUAUUUCGCUCAACAGGUAUGAGGCCACAUUAAGGAAGGUGGAAGUCCAAGAACAACAAAGGAAGGAGAGAGCGGAAAAAAGAGAGAUGGCGUGAGCAUGGUAAGUAUACGGGAUAAGUGAAAGCAAAUGUACACAAAGUUCACAAUUACAGGCUGGGACAAAGAAAACAAAUGAGUGUAAAAGAUACGCUGCCACAGCCCAUUUUUUAUUAUUUAUUUCUAAAAAAUAUUUAUACACCACUACGUCAUUAAAAAUAUAUCAAAACUGCUUGCAGCGAUAAAAUUUAAAACCACACAAUAAAACCCACAGAGAGUUAAAAACAGGUGUCAGUUAACCAUUGUGAAAUGCAUUAGCGAAAAGGAAGCAGCCAAGGUCAGAGUCAGAAGUAAAUUGGGGCUUACGCUCUGUGUGUGUUUGAGAUUGCAGCCUGAAUUUCAAUUGAAGGGACUUGGGAUCUGUAUUCAUCUGCCCACAAUCAGUAUAACAUACCUCACAGGGUGGGUGUAAGGAUACAGUGGUGGAGUGUAUGCAACUGUCUUGAGAACUUUAGGGGAAAGGUAAAUUUCUUAAAAAGUGUGUGUGUGUGUGUGUGUGUGUGUGUAUAUUACCUGGGAUAUGUUGGUUCAAAUACCUGCUGAAUCAUGAAGUUCAUUAGGUGACCCUAAGCCAACCACUUUUUGUUAGCUAGACUACAGCCACAAGAGACUGACUUUACAUCCUUGGUGGAAGGGUGGGCUAAAAAUAAUAGGCAGCUCAAAUAUUCUCCUUAUUUUCAAAUUGUGGUGUGUGUAGGAGGGGCGGUCUCCAGCAUUAAACUGAGACGCACCCUGUAGAAACUCAGAUUCAUUUUCAGUUGUUUGAAAAAUCCCACUCGGUACUUCUGCAGCCAAUGGUUUAUUGUAUAUUGUUUUACAAAACAUUGUGGGACUCACUUCUGACAAACCUUGCUUCAAAUGGAGUCCUGUUGAUAGAAUAAAACACACAUUUUCUGUCUUGAGAUGUAUACGUACAUGAGGAAUAUAUAACAUCUAGACAUUUUAUUCCAAGAAUAAAUAAAUAAGAAAGAUUCCUUUCAGAAUGUGAAACAGUAGAGAUGGAAUAAGGUGUUUGGGUCUAUAAUGUACAAUACCAAGGGGUAAGGUCUGCACAUCCACAGUGAUGAUCCACAGUAAAUGGUAGCUUUGCAGAACUGAUCCAAUAUCUUUUGGUUCCUGAGGCAAAAGACAAGAUGGUGCUCCACCCUCAUCCCAUGUACAGAAGCUUACUUCAGUACUAGUGGCAGGCUAACUUAUGCAAGGCAUACCACAUGGCACAUGCUACACUGUCUUCCAGUAGCUCUCUGCCGCUUGUUCACUGCUCCUCCUGACUUGUGUUUACUCUCUUCUCAAGUACUGUAAUGCAGCAGAGGAGGGAUCAGCACGUGUCACGUAAUCAGAGCUCUGCAUGCACACAUAUAAUGACUCUUGGAAAGUGCUGACUUAUCUGCUUCCUUCCUUGGCAAGUGACCUUUCUAUAGUGCUGUAUAUAGUCCACUGGGAAGGUGACUCAGUAGCCUGGUUCACAUAUGUUGCUAAACCAUGGUUUAUUGAACCUGUGAACCAUGUCCCAUUUGUUUACUUCCAACAAACCAAAAUCUUAAGCCAUGGGUAGUUGUUUACUUAUGAACCUUGGUUUGGUUUAACACUUGUUUGGAGUUACAUGGGUAUACAUUCGUAUACUCCCAAUUAGCUAAGUACCGUUUUUCAAAAGCCAAGCCAUGCACCCCCUACUUGUGAAAUUUUUUAUAUCUCAGUGGUUUUUGUUAUGUGAACGGUACCAUGGACCCCCGGGUGGGUUAUGCGGACCUCUGGGGUACAUGGCCCACCAGUUGGGCACCACUGUUCUAGGGAAUCCUGGGAAUCUACAGACAAGCUGUCCAAAAGAAAAUUUAUACAACAAGUAUAGGCAGCAUGUGGUGUGCCUGUAGUGAUUGAGCCUCAACCUGCUUCCUGAAGUGCACACAUUUCCCAUGAUUCUAAACAUAUGUUUGUAUAUUUAUACAUUAUUAAUAUCAUAUCUACAUUUUGAUGCUAUUGUAAGAGCUUUGAAAUUUUACCACCCAAUCUAUGGGUAGGCAAACUAAAGCCUGGGGACUGGAUCCGGCCCAAUCUCCUUCUAAAUCCAGCCUGCAGACGGUCCAGGAAUCAGCGUGUUUUUACAUGACUAGAAUGUGUCCUUUUAUUUAAAAUGCAUCUCUGGGUUAUUUGUGGGGCAUAGGAAUUCAUUCUUUUUCUUCUUCAAAAUCUAGUCUGGCCCCCCACAAGGUCUGAGGGACAGUGGACCAGCCCCCUGCUUAAAAAUUUUGCUGGCCCCUGAUCCAGUCAACGUAGCAGUUGAAAUUAUUGUACACUGCUCCCUGAUCUCACCCCCUAAGCUCAUUGAAAUCAAUGGUCUUAAGUGUGGCUAACUGCACAGAAGUGCAGCAUAAAGUGCUUUUGGCUGUAGGCCAACAGAUGCAUCUAAGAAGAUCCAGAAUACACAAUGCAUUUGGCAUUCUCUAUCCUGGCCUUGUUGUUUUUUUAAAGCAAUUGCAGCCUUUGGAUGGGACUGUGACAGUCUGGGAGAGGGAGCUGAUAGUGAGAUUGUGGCCAGUGGAUGUGACAUCCUCUGUAGCAAAGAGCAACUGGGGGGAGUGAUCUUAGAUGAGGAAGGAGUGAGAUCAUGACCGCACAGUGACCACCAUGGCCAAGGAGAAAUCAAGUCUGUGUCAAAAUCCAAAAGAUUACCGUUCUACUUCCCUAGAAUCUCUGUUAUCCUGAAAGUAGUGGCCUUCCUAGGAGAUGCAGUCUGUAGCUUCUCCAUGAUUGGUGUCCUUUAAUUUGUCUUUCAAUUAAGCCAGGAAGCAGAAUACCAAAAUUGCACCUCCACACUUUAUUACAGUACUUCCCUUCCCUUCCAUGGGAACUAGGUAGCUCUGAGAAAUGGAGAAUGCAUUUGCUGUGUUUUGUCAGUAGUGGGGGCUAAUGGACCAACUUUUUUCUUUUUCUUUUUUACUGUUGAGUUGGACCAUGCCAGUUUGUACAGAGUGUAAACUCUGAAACCCCCUCAGUGCUUACUAAUUCAUGUUCAUAAAUAUCUGAAAUAAUGCCUUCUCUCAUAUCAACCUGCCUAUGCAUUAGGAUCAGCAGAAAAGGCUCACCUGGUGGUCCCUGCAUUAAAUGAAGUGUGUUUGUGUGGAGGCCCAUGGAAGGGCCCUUUCACUGGUGAUUCUACAUCAGUUGAACGACCUCUUGACUGAAAUGUGUGUUUCUCCAACCUUAUGUUCUUUUAGAUGCCAUGUAGAAACUCACAUUUUUUCAGAUUUUUGGAAGCUGAUGGAUUAAGACACUUUUAUUAUGUGGUUAAUUGUGUAACUUAGGAUCAUUGCUUUAAUGUUUCUGUUUCUUGUGUUUUUAGAUUACCUUAUUGUCGUAAAUCGCUGUGUGAUUUUUUUUGGGGGGGGGAAUGGUGGUAUAGAAAUCGCUUGAGAAAUAAAAAAAGAAUGCUGAAAACUGUAAACUGCUCUUGCGGCUUACCAAACUGCUUGACUGCAAGUUCAUUUUGGUGCUAGCUUGGCAGAGUAGCAGAGGUCAGCCAGCUGGAUGAUUAUGUUUGGGGGGAAAACUGGGACGAAACACCAGCAUAAGUAUAAUCAGACACACACGCAAGACUGGACAUCUGCUCACUCUUUCUCUUAUAUGCUAUACAAACUGUUUAUCAUUAAUUUUUUCUUAAUAUUUCUCAUCAUUUCCUGUCUGCAGUACAGUGGUACCUCGGGUUAAGUACUUAAUUCGUUCCGGAGGUCCGUUCUUAACCUGAAACUGUUAUUAACCUGAAGCACCACUUUAGCUAAUUAGGCCUCCUGCUGCUGCCGCGCCGCCGGAACAUGAUUUCUGUUCUCAUCCUGAAGCAAAGUUCUUAGCCCGAGGUACUAUUUCUGGGUUAGCGGAGUCUGUAACCUGAAGCAUAUGUAACCUGAAGCAUAUGUAACCCGAGGUACCACUGCACUCUUUAGUAAGGUUCAGUGAACUCAGUAGAGCUGACUUAUGAAUAGUCAAGUAUAAAAUUGCCCUGUUUAAAUAUGAUAGAUAUGGGGCUGUAUCCAACAUUCUCUGUUUGCCCUUUCACUUUUUUGGAAUGUUAAUGUUACGCAGCAGAAGAAUCCAGUUCGCAACAGUUGUAGAGGAAACUCAUUGCACAACUCGUGAGGUUGUGCAGCAAAGUUACCAGCAACCUGCUUCUGCAUUUUGUUGUGAAACAAUACAAAACAUGUUGCCAGCGGAACCAGUACUUCCAGUACCAAGGGACUUUAACUUAGCACCACACUGGAUACAACCCACAAUGUAGAGAAUUAUUUGGCAUUCCUUUAUUGCAAUAUUAUUAUUGCUAUUUUUCUUUCAUUCAUGGAAUGCCUGAAGAGUUCUAGGUGCUGUAUAUAAAUUACAAAUAACACGGUCCUUAUCCAUAGGCCUGUAGUCCAAUAGUCAUGACAAGGGGAAAACAAGCAAAUUCAGGUACCAGUUCUUAAUGGUUACCAAGUUAUGUAAUUGUUUUUUUGGUAACCGGCUGACAAUGGGCUGUACCCAGCUAGGUAUUAUGCAGAGUAGACCCAUUGAAAUUAGUCAUGUGUAUUAAUUGGGUCUACUCUUGGUAUAGCUAGCAUUAGACCUAAUGCUAAUAACCUAAUAUUAUAAAUGACUUAUAUAUGUGCAGAUAUUUUAAUUUUUGAGGUAAAGUUUUUUUCAAUGUCCUUAAAGGAUAAAAACCAUUCUUAAUACAAAACAAGGGAUCAUCUGUAAGUGACUUCAUGGACUUACCUGUUACGAUAUUUCCUUUAAAUUAAUUUCCCAUCUUUUCCAGAAAAGUGCUAGUAAACAUUUAACUGCUAUGAAGUAGCUAAGUGAAAUUGUUUUUCCUCCUCUUUAACUAAGUGCAUUAUAACUGGAGAUUUAGAAACUAUUAUAUACCUAGUCUUUGUUCUAAAGUCUAAUCUGCACCCUAAUUACAAGUACAGUGGUACCUUGGGUUACAUACGCUUCAGGUUACAUACGCUUCAGGUUACAGACUCUGCUAACCAAGGAAUAGUACCUUGGGUUAAGUACUUUGCUUCAGGAUGAGAACAGAAAUCAUGCUAUGGCAGCGCGGCGGCAGCAGCAGGAGGCCCCAUUAGCUAAAGUGGUGCUUCAGGUUAAGAACGGACCUCCGGAACGAAUUAAGUACUUAACCCGAGGUACCACUGUAGUCAUUUUUUUAGAAUCUGGACUGUUCUCUGAAUUUGAUUUCUGUCAAAUUAUUUUAAAAUCUUCUUAAAUUCACAUUGCAUUCUUAAGGUUUUUGUAUUAAUGUUAAUUUCCUUGCCAACUGUAGAAGAGAUUAAUAAAUAAGUUACAUGAUGGGCUCUGAUUUAAUAGCUACUUUUAAACGUUGAAAUAUUCAUGAAAAAAUAUAGGCUUCCCAGAGUUUACGUGCAGCAGAUAUGGAUUUUGCCAAAUAAAGAAAAUAGAGAUUGAUUUGAUUUCUCAUUAUCCUUCUGUCAACAUGACUUGUAAGAAAAAGAUUAAUGUCUACAUAAAGACCUGCCUUGCUUUCAAAUCUGCAGUGAAAUAAUGUAAGGCCCAGUUCAGACACAGCCUCACAGCCUUCUCCCUUCUCUGUACGUAAACGAAAGUGAAGUCUUACUUCACUUUAGAACUAGCCAUAGUUGUGCAUUGUAUACAAACUCAGUUAACUGAAGUUUGGGCUUGUCAUCCAGAUUAAAAUAGAAAAUGGUUAGUUUCAAAAUGAGCCAGCAUCAAACCAUAGCUGGCAUGUUUAAGUUACCAUUGUUUGUUUUAAACUAAGAUUCCUGGUCUGUAUGCAGUGCUUAGCUGUGCAAAAUAUGCCUGGUGGAAUUAUAACAUGAAGUUUUGUCAUCUCAUCUGUGCAAUGUACUUUCAUAUAGACUGACUUCUUAUUCCUUGCUGUAAUGUUAUUCAGAUACUUGGCACAUGCACAAUUUCACAAAAGAUUUAGAAAGCAGUCAUUCUUCAGUAAUCCCAGUUGUACUGUAGACUGCAGCUGACUGCUCACGUGUAGCCCUACUAUUCCACUCAGACCUCAGCCUGCAUUAAAAGACUAACAUAAUCGUAUUGAGAGAAAGCAUUUAGAGGACUAUAAUCCACUGGUCUUCCUGAAUGACUUUUUACAUAAUGAAAAUCUGUGAAGGGUAAAUAUGUUGAUGAGGAGCUUCACAAACAUUUAUUUAUAUUCAAAUUAUUAUUCUGCACUCUUAAUUUUUAGCCGGAAGGCUAGGAGCUUUAAUACCUCUUGGAUUUUGUUUAUAUAUAGAAACAAUCCUGUGACACAUGGCCUUCCGGGUUCUGUUGUUUUGAUUUUUAAUUUAAUAUUUCUUUUUUCAUUACCGGAUCUUUCCAACUGAUUUUGGUUUGAUCAUUUUUAACCUGCAGAAAACAGAUGAAACCUUUAAGGUUCUUUAGUUCAACAAGCAUAGAUCAGCAUUCAGUGCUUGAUUUUUCCAGAUGCAGACCCCUUGGCUUCAGCACAUCACCAUAAAUUGUAAUUGAAUUUUUUUCUUUAGAUCUCUUUAGAUCUUUUGGAGAUCUCUCUAUAGAUCUCCAAAAUUCUUGGUUGCUGUGAAUCUUAGGGUGAAUGUAGGAUAACAGUGUUCUAAGAGUCAGUGUGCUGGAGUAAUUCAAAAGCUGACACCCCCACCAUCUAAGUUUAUUUACUUUAAAGGUAGUGACACUUUAAAAAAAAUAGAACUUCCAAGUGAAUGUGGUUAUAUUUCUGAGAAUUAGCUUAGGUGCCACUGCUAUAAAAUGGAAUUCACAAAGUCAUCUGUAAGCAAAUUCCCAUUGCAUUAUAUUAUAUAUAAAGAUGAAAAAGUUUGUGCUUGUCGUGAGAUGGAAGCAGCUGAUUUGAUAAUAUUUAAACAGUGUUUUGCGCUUCAGCCUUGCACGCAUAUAUGGGGACAAUAAUAAAUUCUUUGCAGGCGAGAUUCCACUCAGUAAAAUAACUAUGGAAGUUUACGACAACUCUCUAAUGCAGUGGUGGUGUUUCACAGUAUAAUAAUGAAAUAGGUUAUUUGGAGUGUGUAGGCAAUUCAGUAUGGGUAACUCAGUUUGAUUGAUAAGCUUAUGCUUGGGCAUCUGUCUUUUUUUGAAAAAAAUGACUGUCACAAACAGGCUGGCAAGUUGACAGAACAGGCUUUAUUUUAAAUAAAUAAUAGCAACAGGCUUUAUCCUGAGCACAAAAGCAACACUUUUGCUCAGAUGGAAUGAUGCCAGUUCAUUAUAAUAUUUUAACACUUCCAUAUUCAUACUAAAACAAUUCUGUAAUAUGAACCUGACAAAACAUUUUGAAGUAAAACCUGGAUGUUAUAAAUCAAAAGUGCUUAUUUCCUUUUAUAUUGCACACUCUGUAUUUAUAAUUACUGGGCUAUCAUCAUGGUCGUAAUACAUUACUUUGUCAUACUCUGUAAAAUACAGCAAAGUUAGAUUUUUUAAAAAUCUUAUUUUACAAAAAAAAAGAGACUCCCUCUGCCUUUUCCAGUGAAUAUAUACAUUCUUAAAAAUUACUAAGGCUGUAAACGUAAGAAAAUAACCAGGCCUUUAAAAGUGUGUGUGUGUGUGUGUGUGUGUGUGUGUGUACGUACACAAAAGCCAAGCUUCUGCUUUAAAUUUGUGAUCCAGUUUAUAUAUAACACCUAAGCCAAACCAUGGGUUGGUCCAAAUGGAGAUUGUGGCUGCUUUGCUUCUUCAUUCCUGCAGCAUGUUGUCUGAACCAAGGUGUGACGAUCACACAAGGCUUGUGGUUUGUUUCAUUCCCAAGAAACCAUGAGCUGUAACCGAGUUUUGUUUGGCUUACAGCUUAUGAUUUGCCUGGAGGGGACAAACUAUGAGCCCAGGGUCAGAUGACUUACUAGGUUAAACCAUGGCUUAGCUCACAGCUGCAGAAGACUAGACCAAGAGCAAAGUGGCAGCAAUCUCUCCUCUAGGAGUCUAAAUGCUUGUACAUUUGUGCCAAGAAAUUGUUCAGAUUACCGUUAUGUGCAACCCGAGCGAAUGUGAUCUUGUGUGUAAAAUAUAUCCAGUACAUCACAAUCUGGGACGCGAGUGGCGCUGUAGGUUAGACCACUGAGCCUAGGGCUUGCCAAUCAGAAGGUCGGCGGUUCGACUCCCCGUGACGGGGUGAACUCCCGUUGCUCGGUCCCUGCUCCUGCCAACCUAGCAGUUCGAAAGCACAUCAAAGUGCAAGUAGAUAAAUAGGUACUGCUCCGGCGGGAAGGUAAAUGGCGUUUCCGUGCGCUGCUCUGGUUCGCCAGAAGUGGCUUAGUCAUGCUGGCCACAUGACCCGGAAGCUGUACACCGGCUCCCUCGGCCAAUAAAGCGAGAUGAGCGCCGCAACCCCAGAGUCGGUCACAACUGGACUUAAUGGUCAGGGGUCCCUUUACCUUUACCUUUACAUCACAAUCUAGUGGCUCAAGCACUAAGAUAUAAAUCGUAGAAUUGUAGAGUUGAGGGUCAUCUAGUCCAGCCUCCUGCAAUUAAGGCAGGCUUCCUCAACCUUGGCUCUCCAGAUGUUUUUGGCCUACAACUCCCAUGAUCCCUAGAUAGUAGGACCAGUGGUCAGGGAUGCUGGGAAUUGUAGUCUCAAAACAUCUGGAGGGCCAAGGUUGAGGAAGCCUGAAUUAAGGAAUCUCAACUAAAGUACCCAUGACUGAUGGCCAUCCAAUUUGUGCUAAGAAAGCUCCAAUGAAGGAGAGUGUACCACCUGAGGGAGUCCAUUCCACUGUUAAAGAGCUUUUACCACCAGAAAGUUAUUCCUAAUGUUCAAUUGGAAUCUUCUUUCUUGUAACACAAAUCUAUUGGGUCUGGUCCUAUCCUCUGGAGGAGAAACAAGCUUGUUCCUUCUUCCAUGUGACAGCCCUUUAGAUAUUUGAAGAUGGCCUUCAUAUCUCCUCUUUUCCAUGCUAAACAUACCCAACUCCCCCAACCUUUCCUCAUAAGACUUGGUUUCCAGACCCUUUAUCAUCUUGGUUGUCCUCUGCUGCACUCAUUCCAGCUUGUCAUUAUCCUUCUUAAAUGGUGUGCCCAGAACUGGAGACAGUACUCCAGGUAUGAUCUGACCAAGACAGAAUAGUGGUGCUAUUACUUCCCUUGAUUUAGACACUAAACUUCUGUUGACGUAGCCUUUAGUGCUACCUUUUUACUGCUGCAUCAGAUGGUUGACUCAUGUUAAGCUUGUGGUCUACUGAGACCCCUAGAUCCUUUUCAGAUAUACUACUGGCAAGCCAGGUGUCCCCCAUCUUAUAUUUUUGCAGUUGGUUCUUCUUGCCUAAGUGUAGAACCUUACAUUUGUCCCUAUUGAAAUUCAUUUUGUUUGUUUGGGCCCAGUUCUCUAAUCUGUUAAAGUCAGUUUUAAUCCCAAUUCUGUCUUCUGUAGCAUUAGCUACCCCUUCCAGUUUGGUGUCAUCUGCAAAUUAAUGAGCAUACCCUCAAUUCCUUCAUCCAAGUCAUUUAUAAAGAUGGUGAACAACAACAGGCCCAGGACAGAAUCCUGUGGCACCAACUUGUCACUUUUUUCAGGAUGACAAGGAACCAUUACCAACUUCUCCACAAUAUCAUGGGAAAAUCUUACUGAAAUCAAAAUAUACUAUGUCCACAGCAUUCCCCUGAAACACCAAAAAAGAGAUUCGUCUGGCUUGACUUGUUUUUGAGAAAGCCAUGCUGGGUCUUAGUAAUCACAGCGUCCUUUUUUAAGUGCUCACAGACAUGGCCGUUUAAUUGCCUGUUCUGGGCCAAGCAAAAACUGAAAGAUGUGAAGCAGGGCUGAUGAAGGGCAAGGGGUGUGCUGUUGGGAAAGUCACAACGGCUAGACAGAGACUUGGAGGGCCACAUUAGGCCCUUGGGCCAGAGGCUCCCUAUCCUUGCUUUAUAGCAACUUGGAUAUAAAGACCCAUAAUGUAAAUUUACUGGAGUUAUACUACUUAGCAACUCUUUGCUUAAUUAUGUUGCUUAAAGUGAAGUACUUAAUGUGGAAACUAAUUUGUAUUGCUGCAAUAUGUAAUAUUUCCAGGACAGCUAGGCACGCUCAUGCAAAACAAAGUUUAAAUAUGUGAAUGGACAUAUAUUAAUUCUACCACAAAAAGGGAAAUUAUGAAAAGUCCUUACUACUUAGCUUUCUGGUUUUUCUCACUUCACCUUUUAACUUACAAAUGGUCUCUAAAACAUGGAUAACAUUUUCAAGCUCUCUUAUGCCCUCUAAAGCAGUUUAUCAAUCAAGAUAUGUCCCUUAGGCUUUAAAAAACUUCUGGAGGGUUUGGAGAUGUGCUGGACUUUUAUUUUUGGCAGUGACAAAUGUCCAUGAAUUUGGUGAAACCAAGUUUUGACUGGGAUGGCCUGAAGUGCAACUUCUAAUAAUUCAACAGUAAUUUAUUCCCACAAAACAAGCUGGAAUGAUUGCUACCUUCCGCUCUCAUUGCCCAUAGGGAGACCAGUGCAGAGGACACAGAAUAAUAGAAUUGCACUGUAGAAGGUACCCCAAUGCUCAUCUAGUUCAACCCCAUGCAAUGCAGGAAUCUCAACUAAAGCAUCCAUGACAGAUGACCAUCCAGCCUCUGCUUAAUAACCUCUUAGGAAGUAGAGACUGCCAUCUUCCAAGGGAGUCCAUUCCACUGUCGAACAGCUCUUACUGUCAUAAAGUUCUUCCAGUGUCUCAUGUCUUUCACAUUUCCAUAGAAUUUUAGCUGUUAUAUUUUAUUCCAUUGAUUUCUGCCUAGCAGGCUAAACUUGUCAAAUGUCUUCUUCCAUAUCACUAUUUAAAGGUACAAGAGUCUUGACCCCCUUUGCAUCUGGUCAGCUUAGUAAACCAGGCGACAGGCAGCUGUGCCUAAGUCACAUUGCGCAUGUGAUUACACUGGGCGUACAUGGGAGAUUAAUGGUGGACCCAUUAGGUAAUUAGAUAGUGGCAAUCCUGUGUCUUAGAUCAUUUGGAAAACAAAUCUUGUAUGUCAGCAUAAUAGAUUUACAUCUCAAACCUGAAACUUUUACAAAGAUGAGUAGAGAAAUGACUACACCCAAGUUGGAACUAAAAAAAGUUAUUAAUCCGGAUUUCCUGUUUGUUCCAGAACAAAUGCAACGCUUGGAGUUCUAAAUGAGCAAAGAAUAUAGAAUCUGUUUCUGAUUAAAAUACUGCUAGCUGCAAUCCAACUAUGCAGUUCCCCCACUCUCAAGCUUAAUAAUGCCAUUUGCAGACCAGCUUUAAGUGCAAGGUUUGUGAAUCACACUGAAGAAAAAGGUCUAGCCCUUGUAGCAGUGAAGACAGCCAUCACUACCUCUCAUGAACAAUGUUUUAAGUGAAACAGUGGUCAGAACACAGGAUCAAUAGCAGCAAUUUGAGUCUAUCUACAUAUGCAGAGAUAGGUACUUUAGCACCAAUAUGAGUACACAGUUUUGACAUCAAAUACAUAAAAUCCAAAUCCCACCUCUCAAUUCCAUUUUGGACUAAACACAUAUUUACAAUCAAAUAUCAAAACACUUUUGAUACCUUGAGUAAUUAAGGCUGCUGUCUUGCUUAUUGAACACAGGAGGAUUUAUUUAUGUGUUAACAUGCUUUGAAGUCUUGCCUGGUUGCAACCUCUGCAGAACCAAGACUUGUUGUCCAGUGCUGCCUGCAAACAUGCAGCACAAAUUUUACUAACAAGACUGCUGUUAAUGGGUAGCCUGAGCCAGUUUACUCAGAUAACUUAUAUUUAGGAAGAUUAAUGGUUCAUUCCUAAAGAGAAGCAAGUUACAGAGUUAGGCUCUCAUUCUGUGCAUACUUACGGGGCAUUCUUUUCCAUAAAAUCCCUGUAGGACAGAAGUCAAUCUUGAGCAUAGUUGACUUGAAAUAUGGUCUACCUGUAUGCAGAUAAUUUUAAGUUUUGGCUUACAAGUAAAUAAGUGUAAACUUAAAAUUCUAAGGAAACUAAUGUGGGUAUGACGUAGGACUCACAUAGAAAGAGUUCAAGAAUGGUCAGUAAAUCAUUAGUCUUAAUAGAUUUGCCAGGUACAUACCUAAGUAUAUGCAUUUGAAGGCAGAACCUAUAGAUUUUCACUGGCAGCCCCGCCUCCUAUGCAUGUUGUCUCAGAAGUUAAAGUCCAGCUAUGUUCAAUGGGACUUUACUUCUAAGUAAGUACAAAAAGCAUUGCAGCUGUGCAGCCUGAUCCUAUUGCAUGUAGGUCCCACUUAUCCCAAUGUUGACUAACUUUCAAGUGUUUUUAGGUUUGCCGACAUCCAUUGAGUCCAACAUAACCUUCCAUGUAAAUAUACAGAGAACUGGGUUGCACGUAUCCAGUUUGCAAGGACAUUAAUGAGACGAGCAUACUAAUCCUAAACAUGCCAUAUGGAAGUUCCUUUGAAAUUAAUGGGACCUAAUUCCAAGUAUUACAUUCAGGAUAGCUCUAUUAAUAAAACUUAACAGAUUUGUCAAUAGGAGACUCGUGCUCUUAGCCCAAGUGACUUAGGGUCAGGGUAAAAAAUUCUGCUGCCUGCUUCUUAGUAAUCACACAAUAUAUUCUUGUUAGCCUUGUAGCAGUUGCUGGGUGGGUGGAUGCUCUUGAGUUAGCCAAUUGAUUUAAAUGUAAUGAGCUAGCCCAUAGUGUUAGACCAUGUAGAUCAGUCCUGUCUAGAGCAGGGGUGAACUUCAGGUCUGGGGCCCAAAUGUGCCCCCAGGUCUCUCUAUGCAGCUACUGGAACUCUCCUGAGGCCACACAUCCUCCCCAGAAAGUUGCCCAGAAGGGAAUGUGAACUUUGGGCUGAAAAAGGUUCACCAUCAUGGGUAUAGAGAAAGUGGAAGUAGCUCUUAAGGAACUCGUGCAAAGGAACUUAGGGCAUCCUAUCAUGCAAAGUAUAUCACUAUCUCAAUGCCGGUCCAAAACUCAUAUCAGCAUUGCUAGGAAAUCUGACACUGGACAAUUGUAACUCAUGGCUUUGUUAGACCCAAGGGUUCAGAUUAAGGUUUUCACCGACUUGUGCACUUAAAAGUUUGAAGAGGUUGACCUGUAAAUCUUCUCACCACUUCAAUUAACUCAGUUAAUUCAAGGGGCAAGUAGAGAAGCAUGUUUUGUGUACAUGAGCAAUACAGUCCUAAGCACGUAUAUUCAGAAGUAAGUCUCACUUACUGCUAAGUAGACAGGGAUGGGACCACACUUUCAGUUGCUUAACUUUGUUGCCUGGAACUGCUAAUUGCUGCUAAAGAGGUUAGAAAUGUUCAGUAACACCUUUGUAGUUUGAAUGAGUGGAACUGCUGUUCUUGACAAUCUGCUGUGACUGAAAUGAAACUCUGCUUUAAAAGCCAUUUCAGAUAGGGCCUUGUCUGCACAGGAAUGCCUCAUGCAUCCCCUUUAAAGAUACUGUUCCACAGACAGCUUAAAAGAGGAGCAAUGCUCUCUUUUACAUAAUGUUUAUCUAGCUCCACUGUCUAGCUCCAACAGCCCUGUGCUCAAAUGCUGCCAUCCAAGUCACAUUUGUGCCAGGUCUUGGGUAUGUCAGGAUUAUAAGAUUGAUUCUAAUCUUCUUGGCUCUGGCAGGUACAUAUGUAAAUCUCAUUAACAGUAAUAGGAGAUGUACAUGUGUAAACUUCAGACUGUCAACGUGAGAUCAUGCCUCUUCUUUGCACCAUAGAAUCAGAGUGGAGCUCAAGCACAGGAAAGGGUUCUCUGGAAUCUCCAGGUAAGCCUGGGAAAGACCCCUGUCUGAAGCCCUGGAGAGCCACUGCCAGUGAGCGAAGAAACAUAAUGCUGUGUUAGAUGGUCUGACUUGGCACAAGGCAGAUUCAUAGGUUUUAAUGUCCUGUUACAGCAUUAAAAAAUCAGUGAUAGUGGCUUGUUUUUAGGCCACAUUGACACCCCAAAUCUGAAACACAUUAUAUGAAAGUCCCACUGAAAUAAAUGGAAUCUUCUUUAUAAGUAUGCUCAGGAUUAUAGCCAGAGCCUGCAUUUAAAUCUUCGAUUCUAAACACAUUUACCAGAGAGCAAGUCCUAUUUAACUCAGUAGAGUUUACUUCUGAGUAAACAUACUUGGGAUCUUGCUGCACUCUAGCUUCACUGUUUUAGAAACACCACUGUUCACCUUCCAUGCACAAACCAGGGGAGUUGUGCAGUGCGAUCUUAUUUACUCAGAAUUAAAUCCUGAAUUCACUGGGACUUGCUCCCAGCUCAGGUAUGUGUAUCCAUACAUGAUUUCAAGGCAAUGAAUACACCUACUAGGGAGUAAAUCCUACUGUGGGUAUGUGAUAUAUGCAUUAUAUAUAAUGAAGCAUGUGUGCACACUGUAUAAGGGGGGUAUAAUGCAGCAUCCUUUCUGGAAGAUUUGGUCCGAACGGGCAUUUAAACUUGACUGACAGUGAACAAAGAAGCUGAACUGGUUCUACCCCACAGCAAACUAUAAGUGGUAGAAUAUGUUAUGCAACAGUGAAUUGAACACAGAGCUUCUUAAGGUCUCUGUAAAUGGUGCUUAAUCUUUCUUCUGCAGAUUUGGAUUGCCUUUCACAGUGUCUGCUGUGCCAAAGUGCAAUUAGUUCCGAUAAAACAAAAGAAGUUCAGAUCUCUUAAACCAUUUGGUUCUAAACUCCCCCUCCCACCAAAAAAUAAAAUAAAAUAAAUACUAUCAGGCUUAGCACCCAGGGCUAAAAGCACACUUCUUUUAGAGAGAGAAAACAAAUCUUCAGCUCAGGACCACAACAUCAUUUAUGUUUGUAGGAAAUUAUAUGUAAAUUUAUAGGUGUCUCCAUUUUGCCACUGAAUUAAUUCCCAUCUCCAAAUCAUGUGCAAUUUGUAAUCAGUUUGUAAACAUGGACCAACAGUAGAACCUACUCACAAACAAUACUUUUUUUUCCUGCUUACUGAGAAUAAUCAUCUAUAAAUAGCGAACAAAUCCCUACUAUGGCUGGGAGUUGUAAUACCCACAUACCUUAGAUGGACUGUUCUUUAAAGCUAGAAUAUCGCACAAAUCCUCAGGCUUAGGACUUGAACAGAACACAUCCCCUGCCCCUUAUUCCGGCCCAGGGAUCCCAUCUCAUACUCGCCUCCUCCCUCCCGCUUGGAAAACCAUAAUCUGGGGGAACAAACGCCUCUCCUUUUUCUCCCUCAUCAAGAAAAGCCAAACUCUUCUCCUGAACCUGGCAUCCCCCACCUUAGGAGAGCUUUGCCACACACACGGCCAGGAUGAUGGCGAUGAGGAGGACAGCCGUGAAGAUGAUGCCGGCCAGCACUUUGCUGAUAUCGCAAAAGGCCUUGCUCUCCUCCACCUCGAUCAUGCCGAUGGAGGAGGCGCCCACGCUGAUGGUGGACUUGAGCUCCGCCCCGGGGUCCUGCUUGGCCUCCACCGUCCAUUGCGGGACGCUGACUUUCAUCUCCAUCUCGUACAUCAUCUCCCCCACUUGGUUGAUCUCGUUCUCCAGGUCCUUCAAAUCCACCACGUCGAUGUUGUUGUCCGCCUCGUAUUUCAUGUUCUGGACGCUCAUGGCCCGGGCGGCCACCCCGGAGGUGCCGCCGCUCAUCCCCGUCUGGAUGAGCGGCUUUUUGGGUACGUUGAGGGGGAACUCCUGGCCCAACUCCAGGGCGCGCCGCAUGUCGGUCUCCAGGAUCUCCAAGCAGGUAGAGAAGAGGACCCAAAGCCGCUCGAAUUCCGCCCUGUCCUCUUUGCUCACCGUCUUGUCCCGCAAGGCGGCCGUGAGCUUGUUGCGGUUGGCCACCGCCAGUUCCUGCGCUUUCUGCCGGGUCUUCUUGAGCUCCUCGCGCAGGUUCUGCGAGUCCGAGGUGCCGCCGAUGGUCAGCACCAUGUGCCGGUAGCAGGCCGUCACUUUGCUCAGCGCGUCCAGCAGCGCCUUGCACUCAUCCUUCGCCAUGGCGCGCGACGGCCGGGGCAGCCGGGCUGCCGCUGCUUCUCACGGCCCUACGCGCUGCUCCUCCUCCCCCCGCCGCCCCUCCUUCGAAGCUCAGCCCCGGUGGCUCCGUCUCCGGACCCCGCGCACAUGGCAGAGCCCCCCGAUCGCCCACAGCCCGCGCCGCUCACCGCCUGCUGGAGUCAGCGCAACGCCUGGAUCUUGGGCGAGCGAGAAAGAACCUCGCCCUGGUCUGGUUGCUCUCCAGCAUCCUUAGGAAACGCCACCGCAGGAGCUGAAAGACAGGUGUCAAGAGAGCUAGCUGUCCGCCCUCGCUGACUUGUGCCUUCCUCGUGAGACUGAGCUCCGUUCCGGCUCCCUUUAAGCGCGCUCGGGCUCCCGAGCAGGCGCCGGGCUGCCGGCCUUAAAUAGCGCACAGCUGGAGCUUCUGGAGCCAAUCACAGGGGCCCCCAGCCCGCCUUUUCAGAGUCGCCUCCGCCGCCGCCACCACCACCGCCGGGCUCCUGCUCUUCCUCUUCUCUCCGCCGAACGCCGCAUCUGCUUUUCCGCCUGCUCCUGCUGCUGCUUUUCGGUGAGCCUUCCCCCCCCCCCCCAAGCUCCACCUUCUCGGGCUGCUUACUGAGCAGACGUGGUCGAAGCGGCUGUGGAAACGGCCCGGCGGAUUGGCUGGCCUGCUGGGAAGUGCCCGCCUCGGUGGCUUGGCGAGGAAGAGGCAAGGCUCUGGGCGGCUGCAGGGGGGCCGGGGGCGCAGGAAGGCGGCGAGCGAGGGCGGCCGCCAAGGAGACCUGGUCGCACUCGGUGGCUCAGGAGGCAAGUGAGCCAGGAAGUCCGGGGGGGCCAGAGCUUGAAGCGCUUGAGCGCCGGCCGAGAGGCGUCCCGGCCAGCGGAUUCCCUCCAGGCCUCUCCUGCGGGGUUUGGUCCUCAGCCUGAGCCAGUGCGGGCGCUUCUUGGAGGCAGGCGGCUGGAAGGGAGCUGGGGGGCCCUGCAGCCCAAUGUCGCUUGUGUCGUGAGCUGCUUCCUUUCCGCUUCCUGCCUUUCGGGCGUUGGGGUGCUCGGACGUGUCUUUUCAGUAAGUGCUGCUUUGCAAAGGGAGUGAAGUUGCAGGGUGAUGCAGAAAAGUUCAGAGGGGAAGAAGCGUUAGGGGCUUAUCGCUUCUCUUGAGGCAGUCCCUGGAAAGUGUUUGGUGUGUGGCCUGAAAUAUCCUUGACUGGAGAAGAAAUAGGCAGCUGAAGAUGUGUUUGAAAUGAGUUUCUGGCUACAUAACGUCCCUUGCUGGUAAUAGAUAUUAAGCCGAGUCAACCACGGGGAUUAUAACUGGAGACUUCAUCGGGAAUGAGCAGCGGUGCAAUCCUGCAUGUUUUACUUUGAAGCAAAUGCCACUGAGCUCUAUGGGGCUUGCCCCCAAGUAGUUAUGCAUAGGAUUCUGAAAAGAGGAGUUCUUGCAAUGUAGGUACUUUCUGUCCACACAGGAAGUUGUGGUCUGCAGUCUUUCCAGUGUGGGCUUCUCUGUAACUCCUCUGUGGAAGGACAUGUUUGAAUCCCUUGGACAUUUUUGAAACAUUAAGCAGUUCAUAAAUGCUUUAAAUUCACAUAAAUAAAUACAUGGGUAAACUUAAUUUUUUUUGAUGGAAAACAGGAUAUUGAUAACUUUUAUGUAAAGUAGCUAAAAGCACAUAUUCCAAAAUACCCACCAUGACAUAGUAUCCUUCUAGCAGGCAAAGACAGUAAUUAAGCAAUUAAGACAGUAACCCUAUAUCAAUUUACCUGUGAGUAAGUCCAGUGGAGCUUCCUGCUGUGUAGGCAUGUAUAGAGUUGCAUUGUGACUGGCUUUACCAUUCCAUAGACUGGUGUUCAAGAGACUAGAAUCCUACUCUUGUCUGCUUUGAUGCGAGGUCCACUAAAUUCUGUUUUAUCUUAUUUCCAAUAAGUAUAGGAUUUUUAAGGAGGCAAUGCAUAGUAUCUGCUCAGAGUAAGCCCCCUAUUGAACUUGGUGGGGGCCUGACUCUGAACAAACAUGCAUUUAUGUUGGGUUGCAUGCCUGCAAUUCUAGACACACUCAUUUAGGAAUAAAUCCCACUGCAGGCACCUGCUACUGAGUAAACAUGGGUGAGAACACAAUGACUUAAGUGAUAUGUAGGCCAUGUUCUCAAAGUGAAACUUUUAUUUGUAAUUUUCAAGAUGCCUUGCAUAAUACAAAGAAACAAGUGUAACAAAGCAUUUUUAUUAAGAGUUUUGACGAAUUCUGGGAGUGGGGUGGGGGACACGAUGACUUGUGUGUGAAGAAUAGUAUAGUUCACAUCCAAGCAGAAGCCCAAUUCUUCAUUUACUAGCAUUCACACACACCCUUAUUUAAAGUUAAAUGUUGGGGUUUGGUACCCUACCUUUUUAUCAGUUGAGGGUUUUUAUCUACAUGGAGGUUGAGUUCCACUUGCUGUUUUGCUUAGAUUCACUAGUUUUGUUUCCAAGAUAGGGGCAGGCAUUAUGCUAAAAGCUUGUGUGUUAGAAAGCAGUGGCUGCUUGGAAGCAAGCACACUCCUUGUAUGCAGUUAACAAAACAACAUAGGAGCAUCAGUUUUGAGUUACCAAAACUUAUGCAUGGAGCAUUUCUAAGUAGAACGUUGAUAAGUCAUGUGGCUGGGCGUUUAAAUUGGCACCACAUCUUGUCAACUGACUUUUUCGGAAAGAGCUUACACGAACACUGCUUUUGAAGUUUGUCAAAGCAGCAACUUCAUCAGUGUUUUGAGCCAACUUAUUUUGGGGGUGGGGGAUAAGGGCGCACCCCCAGACCCGCAGCCCAGUGAAGAUUGUGUCCUCACUGACCACAUAAUGCUGAUCAGGGUGUGUGGGUGAGUGAGGGAGAGGGAGAGGCAGAGGGAGCGGGAGCAGAGUAUUAUGGAAGAUGGCAGUGUGACCAGAGCAUUCCACCCACACUACAGCUUCUUGUUGUAAAUAGUCUGUUUUGAAUAGUCUGUUUUGAAAGACCACAAACUCUGCACUCUGAACUCCGUGGCUCAAUUAUCAAGUUGCAUUAUUGCAUGCCUGUUUUGUAAGUUAAGUGGCAGCAUGAACUUCAUCAGAUAUUAGCUGCAUAGAUCUGUGGUGUUACAAAUCUCUUAAGUGGCCCUACAGGUGGUCUUCAUUUACUGCACUGAGAGCAGCAGGCACUUUCCUGAUGCUGUGAGUUUCCUAAGUAGCUUGGGGAAUGGGGAGGAAGCCAUACUUAAUUGUUUGUGUAUUUAUAGAUAUAUAGGUUGUUUUAAAGGCUUUGUUUGUUUUGCAUUUUAAUUAUGAAUAUUUUGAUGUUUUAUGACAUUGUUUUAUUGCAUAUUUUAAUUAUGCAUGGUCAUCCUUUUUAAACUGGUUUUAUAUUUGUAAACCACUAAAGCGGUGAAUGAAUCAGUCAAUCAAUCAAUUCACUGUAUAUUUUGGAAAGUGGUUUGUCUUGUCUUCUGUUUCUUCUCUAUAUAUUCAGACGCCUCUUGAGAUAUCGUUGCUAAACUUGGCACAAACAUUCCUUCCCAAGAUGGGGACUGCAGUCUUCAUUGAUGUUUAGAUGCCAGGCACCAUUUUGAAUCAAGAUGGUGGACCAAAACAUGAGUUUGGAUUGGCAGCACCUUAUUUUUGGUGUCACAGGUCCAAACUCACAAAUUGCAUUAUCCAUUUUAAAAAAAGGUUUCUAAAAAUACCCAUGCAGCACUGGGCACUUCCUGCUAGUCAAAUAAUGAUGAUGAUGAUAUAAUAAUAUAGAGGAUUUCCUGAGGGGAUCUGUCUGACAUCAUAGAUGAGAAGGUUACCACCAGUGGGCCAAAUAAAAGUGAGUACAAUUAGAACUUAAUGAUUUUCAAAAGGUGGGAGUGAGCAUUGGAGAUAAACUUCUUGGUCUGAAGCCAAAAUACUGACUUUAGAAACAUUGGCAUCUUAAAAUACAGCUAGGUCUUCUUUUUCUCAAUUUCACAGGAUGCAACAGGAUAGAUAGAUAGAUAUAGAUUGGAGCCAACAUUGUGUGUACAUGACUUCCCAAAUAAGCGGUGGGUGUGCAUUAGAUUCAGAAAAGAUGGGAGUGCAUACCCAGCCUUUGUGGCAUGGACUCUUCACUUCCCUGAGCAAUGCAGUUAUGGGGUAGCUUGCUCUGAGUUUAGCUUUCUCUGGAUUGGAGCGCUUAACUGUAUUUCUUUGCUCAAUCUACAAAUAAACAAGUAAAACAGGAAUGCAGAGAAAGGGCAGACACCCCAUGAAGUAGAAGAUCUAUUACACCAUAUCAAAUCCCCAGAGAACAGGCCAGACCCCAGAUAUACUUCUAGCAUUUAGCUAAUUCUGACUGCUCUGCCUCAUUUAUGCCCAAACUAUUGCUCAGCCCCUUCCAUUAACUGAUGUGUGUGGAGUCACCACCUUGAAUCUUUGGCUAUCUCUUCAGACACAAUGGAAGGAUGAUUGACUAUCUCAUAGCAAUUGGUUCCUAUCAGCUGGCCAUUAAGAGUAGUAGGCCAGAAGCUGUAAAGCCAUGUACAGCUUAGGCAGGGAACUUUUCAGCUCAAGUGUCACAUUCACAUGCCAUUUGUGGGAUUGGCCAUAGGCAAAUGUGGGCAGAGCAACAAAUGUGAAUUUUAUCUUUGUACAAGAGGCUAAAUUCUACACAUACACACCCCUCUCUGUCCUUCAUUCACACAAGCUAGAAGCAUUAUCAGAAAUCAGGAACAUAGUUCUGCCAGCAAAAACACUCAAGGAGGAAUGCAAAGCAGAGCUAGUGAGGGGUGUUGCCUAAAAACCAGGGUGUGUGGCCUGGGGCGAGGCCAAUGGCUGGAUAAAGGGGCCCUAGAAGGCUGCAUUUGGCUCCUGGGCCUGAGGCUUCCCAUCUCUGAUGUAAGAGAAUAGUCUUAUCAAAUAGUACAGUUUUUAAAUUAACUUGGUUAUGUGUUGGGAUAUACAAGAAUAUUAAGUGGGUAUGUUUUUCAUAGACAGAACUACUAGGCUUUUGCCUCAAACUUUGCAGGAUAUCCUGGGGUCUGACAUGGUUGUGGGAUGUACUUGAGAUCAUUUGCUUUCCUUUUCCCCCAGUCAUUUGAUGCUGUAGCUGUAAAAGAAUGGAUCCAUUGAAGUUUAGUUUAACUGCCUUAGUCAUUGUGAAAAUGCUCUGCUUAACAGAUGCAAAAACAGACCCUUCUUUAGCCAUCCCAUAAACUUAACAAUGUCAGAAGAUGACUCAUCCACACAAGUGACCUUGAAAUAUUUCCUGAAAGCAUGCUUGAUUGUCUUGCAUUGCGUGGCGAGUUCCCGCCCCCCACCAGGAUAAAGACACGAGACACCAUGGUUUAAGGUUAAAUGGGUGAAUUAGGCCACAACUUUAUUGAAUUCAGGAAUGAGAGGCAUUGGCUUAGGCAUUGGUCCUAAUGACUAUCCGGCUCCAGCCCAUUUGCUGGAGACACGGGGAAGGGUUAACACUAUAUCGGGGGAGUCUCCCGCCGAGGCACGUCAACUAGGAGCUCCCCCGGGUCACCGCUUGGGGGCGUGCCUUUGGCCCACACCUCCAUAGGCUUUGGACAGGGCCACGCCCCCCGGAGUCCUUUAACGGACCACCCUUUGCUCACUGGGGGGAGGUGAUGGCGUUCCUCCCCCCCCCACAUCCUCUUAAGCCCUUCUUACCAAUGCCUACCGCCAAUGCUGAAGAGUUGUGACGAGUUGCUACGAGGUAGGCGAAAAACCAAAUGGCUGUAAAUUGCCAAUUGGGAAAAAUUCCUACCAUGCCCCAUGCGGCGACAGACCGAAGUCCAUAGCAAAGUCAGAGACCUACCUAAAGCCUACCUAAAGGGAGGGAGGGCGGGAAAACGUGGGGGCUAGCUGGCGAAAAGAGGGUGAGCCCCCUCUGCACCGGCCCUAAAUAGGGCAGACACGGCCGGGAUUCCCCUGCUCUCGCGGGGGCUGAAACCAGCCCCCGCUCACGUGGGGGGUGGGCGUGAAGCCCGCAACCCCACCUCUUGGGCAGGCCGGAAGUGGCUUUGCUAAACCUGUUUAGAGGUGGGCUUGUGGCAUUUAUGCGAGAACCAUCCAACAAAUGUGACCUGCUAGACAUGCUGUGAAAUGUUUGUUUGCUAAGCAGGGUAAUAUUGUGUGGUAUCGGCACAUGACCACAUCCAGUAACACAUGUUAAAAAAAAUAAUCUAGUGAUAAUCCUUCCUGGGGUAUAAGAAUAUAGGUUCAGGGAUACAUAAUCUUCCAUGUUAAUGUUCUAGGAGGAGAGGGCUAGGCUAGUACUUCCUUAUAUAAGGAGGGAGCCUUUUUUAUAUGCAAGCGCAUUAAUCAAGUGAUUCCUCCACAUGCUUUUCUGGUGGCUGGGUCAUGUGGUUUUCUUCUAAACGUCUAACAUGGCUUUGGCUCUAGUUCAAAUUUUCUUCUAUGAACUUGGGCUAAUUGCAAUCCCUCUGCCUACCCUACUUUGGAGAGUGGUGUUGACUGUAAAAAGGGGAUAACCCUCUGUUUUCCUGAGCCACUCUGAGAAAAGACGUAAUGCAAUGCUAAAGGUAUCACAACACACCUGCUAAGUGUGAAUCCAGGGCAGAUAGGGGGCCUAGGGUUGCAUCUGACAUAUUCCCCUGUUUUUCCAUAUUCUACAUUAUUCAGCACUCUUCUCUGAACCUUUUCUCAAGUUAGACUAUUUCCAUCUAGAAUGGCUAUUAGUAUUACUACCCCAGGGGGAACACUCUCACAACCCCUUCUAGGACUUUUACUCUUCAGGAAUCAUAGUAGUUUGCUGUGCCAAGAUAACCCCAAAAUCCCCAUCAGAACUGGUCCCUGUCUCUGCAGGUCGUCAACCCCUAUCUACGGUAACAGUUUUAACUGUCAAGUUUUGAAUUGUUUUAACCAGCUCUGAUUGGUUGCUGGGUCACCAGGAGGCUGACCAUGGGUAUGUCCAUCAACACCCCGCAGCAUAAAGUAAACUAAGGAAGAAUGAAGUGUUGGAGAGAAGAUGUAGUCUGCUAGCUGGUUCUGGGAGCAACUGUUAGUGUGGCUUGGCUUGUAUCUGUUCUGUUGCUACUAAGCAGUUUAGGCUUGUCACUUGCAGCGUGUAAUCCCAUAUGCUGGGAAUUGCCUGCUGUCUUGCCAUCACUUGGAACUACUUCUUCUGGCCCAUCAGAGCUACCAUCUGUCAAUAUCAAAAUUACUUUAUAUCACUGUCUAUUUGCGUUAUGAUCCCAUCUGCAUUUGGCCAUGAGCUAUGGAUGCUACACUUAUAACUAAGCAGCAGCGUUCACAAUUAAAAAGCACCAAUCGCUUUUGCCCUUAGAAUGAUUGUAGCUGUUGGUACUGCUUGGCUUAUAAAGUUAUGUUGUGUUUACUAGUUAGUGGCAUCCUUCAGGUUUCUCUUGGCAGCUGCAAACUGGGCAUCUUUGCUUGAUCUAUUCAAGACUAUACAGGGAUUCUGAACUCCAAAUUUUCUUGAAAUGGGCCUGUCCUAAUCAAUAGGCUUUAUCAAGAGGCUCCAGCACUCUUGAUAGUCUCAUGCACUGGGUAGAGUAGCAGUGGGGAAUCCUAGUUAGGUCUGCCUGGUCUCCCCAUUUAGCCCACAGCAUGGUUUGGACCAUGCCAUGCCCACCUGUCCAUCACCUGAUGAGAUACUGUCAGGCACAGGACAUAUCAGCCCUUAGGGCCAAAUUGUAAAGGAAGAAUAAAGAACUUCCUUUUAAGUACCGUAUUUCGCUCCAUAAGACGCAGCUGACCAUAAGACGCACCUAGUUUUUAGAGGAGGAAAACAAGAACAAAAAUAUUCUGAAUGAAACAGUGGAUGUAUGAUUUUUGUGGUUCAUGCUGUGGCCACAGACAUGUGAUCUGAUGGUGAAUUUGGGGUGACCCAAUGCAAAAAUCCUGAGGAUCCAUGUGGAUGUGUGCUUUGUAACCACAUUUUUGCGCCAUUGCAGCCCCAGGAAACAGUGGGUGCGUGAUUUUUUUGGUGCAGGCUGUAGCCAUGGACUUGCUAUGUGAUCUGAUGGUGAAUUUGGGGUGACCCAAUGUAAAAAUCCUGAGGAUCCAUGGGCUUUUACCUCCCCCCCCUUCCCAGGCAGCUACCACUAGCAUCCCUUAUCUCUCUUCCAAUCCCACCGAUCAGCUGUUUCCUUUCAACACUCCCUUCCCUCUUGUUUGCCUUAGUGUAGUGACUUUUCCUUAGCUGGAGCAGUUUUUUGCUCCUCCUUUUCUUCUAAUUUCUCUCCUUGUUGCUUUAGUCUUCCUGUUUCCCCCCUUUGCAAGUUUGCUGUCUUUUCCUCCUCCCUCCCAGGCAGCCUCCAUUAUCUCUAGCAUCCCUUAUCUUUCUCCCCAAUCAGCAAAUGAUCAGUGGCUUUGUUUCAACACCCACUUCCCUCUUACAAAAAAAAGCAUGAUCUGCUUUUUGCCCCUGGGCAAUUUGUCUCCAGGGACCACGCAUUUGCUCCUUAAGAUGCACAGACAAUUCCUCCUACAUUUUAGGAAGAAAAAAGUGCGUCUUAUGGAGCAAAAAAUAUGGUAUGUGCCUCUUUGCCCUCACCUUUGGCAUCUGAGAUGUGUGUUUUAAGGUCCACCCUAUUAUGUAGCUGUAAUCUAUUUUAACCAUUCUGAAUUCUAAAUGGUUGUAACCUGGCCUGGGACCUAGAAUCAUAGAAUAGAAUCAUAGAGUUGGAAGAGACCACAAGGGCCAUCGAGUCCAACCCCCUGCCAAGCAGGAAACACCAUCAGAGCACUCCUGACAUAUGGUUGUCAAGCCUCUGCUUAAAGACCUCCAAAGAAGGAGACUCCACCACACUCCUUGGCAGCAAAUUCCACUGUCGAACAGCUCUUACUGUCAGGAAGUUCUUCCUAAUGUUUAGGUGGAAUCUUCUUUCUUGUAGUUUGGAUCCAUUGCUCCGUGUCCGCUUCUCUGGAGCAGCAGAAAACAACCUUUCUCCCUCCUCUAUGUGACAUCCUUUUAUAUAUUUGAACAUGGCUAUCAUAUCACCCCUUAACCUCCUCUUCUCCAGGCUAAACAUGCCCAGCUCCCUUAGCCGUUUCUCAUAAGGCAUCGUUUCCAGGCCUUUGACCAUUUUGGUUGCCCUCCUCUGGACACGUUCCAGUUUGUCAGUGUCCUUCUUGAACUGUGGUGCCCAGAACUGGACACAGUACUCCAGGUGAGGUCUGACCAGAGCAGAAUACAGUGGCACUAUUACUUCCCUUGAUCUAGAUGCUAUACUCCUAUUGAUGCAGCCCAGAAUUGCAUUGGCUUUUUAGCUGCCGCGUCACACUGUUGGCUCAUGUCAAGUUUGUGGUCAACCAAGACUCCUAGAUCCUUUUCACAUGUACUGCUCUCAAGCCAGGUGUCACCCAUCUUGUAUUUGUGCCUCUCAUUCUUUUUGCCCAAGUGCAAUACUUUACAUUUCUCCCUGUUAAAAUUCAUCUUGUUUGUUUUGGCCCAGUUCUCUAAUCUGUCAAGGUCGUUUUGAAGUGUGAUCCUGUCCUCUGGGGUGUUAGCCACCCCCUCCAGUUUGGUGUCAUCUGCAAAUUUGAUCAGGAUGCCCUUGAGUCCAUCAUCCAAGUCGUUGAUAAAGAUGUUGAAUAAGACCGGGCCCAAGACAGAACCCUGUGGCACCCCACUAGUCACUCUUCUCCAGGAUGAAGAGGAACCAUUGAUGAGCACCCUUUGGGUUCGGUCAGUCAGCCAGUUACAAAUCCACUGAGUGGUAGCAUAGUCAAGACCGCAUUUUACUUGCUGGUGAAUGAUGGGUAAUAGCUUUAGUAAUAAUAAAUGCUCUUCUGAUUGUGCCAUUCCUGUUGCGGGCACUUUCUGAGUGUGCAGCAACAAGAAAAAGGUGCCAAAUUAAAAAAGGACCAGAUUACAACUGGAAAGGAAGACAGGCUUGAAUUAAAGAUUGGGCUGCAAAGGGAGCAUUGUGGGGCAUGCUUGGAGUGCACUCCUGAUCCUUGGGUUCAGAGUUGGAUCACCUGAUGUCAGAUGAUUGACAGGUAGGCAGGCACUCCCACUUGUCCAAGUGGUCCAUGGAGAGUGGGCCUGCCAGUUGGAUCCAGUUCCCCACCCCUGGGGCAGAGAGAGGGCCUCAGAUGAGAAAUCUUUAAGCCUGGUUGUAGGUGGUUUCUCUUCCUCUAAAACAGGAGCCAUACAACUGAAUGGCAUGGGGAAAAGGUGCUUCUGCUUAGGGGCCCUUAUGGGGGGGGGGACCUGUGGUCCCUGUUCACUUACAACAUUUUUGUGUGGUGGUGGUGGUGGUGGGAUUUGGCAAACUAAAUUUUCACCCAAGGAAGCAAAAUACCAUGAAUAGACCCUACCGGUGUUUUGUUUUUUAAAUGGAGGGAAUAGGAAACUUAAGAUUCUAGGAUGGAUUCUGAAGUGGGCAAGAUUGGUUGGGAAGGGUUGAACAUGACUUGAGACUGAAGGCUUGGUUGUGAGUCUUGGAAGACCUGCUCCUUGCCUUGUAGGCCUUUCCCCACCUGGUCUAGGAGGGUGGGGCCAUGACAGAUGCCUGCUACAAAAGCUGAGGGCCAACAAACUAUUGGGCUGGGGUAUUGUUAGGAGUAGUUGUUGUUGCUGUUACUGAUUUUAAUUUUUUGUAUAUUUAUUUUGUAUCUUUAUUAUUAUAUAUGUGGCAAUUGUUCAAUUUGAUUGUGUACUUUUUAAGGUUUUAUUUGUUUUGUUUUGUUUUGCUUUGAAUAUAAGCUGCACCUUUAAAAUUGGAGGGGGGGGGAGAAAAAAAGGAAAAAUACCUGAAUAUAAGCCGCUCCAUUCCUCAUUGCUCCUGGCUGCAUACUGGGGGGCUGCGCUGUGUUGCUGAUGGCCUUUCCCCUUCCUUGCUCUCUCCUGGCCUUGGGGGAGAGGACAGGGGACUAUGCACGGGGCGGGUGCCUCUUUGCUGCGCGACUGACACUGUUUGCCCCGCGCUCCUGGCUGCAUACCGUAAGGUUGCGAAUACUGUAUAAGCCACACUUUAACUUCAUAUGGUCAGAAGUUGGGGGGGAAAGUGAAGCAUAUAUUCAGGCCAAUACGGUAUGUAUUUUUUCAUGUUGUAAACUGCCUUGAGCAUGGUUUUAACUGUCCCUGGCAAGAAGAGAAAUUAAAACUUGAGUAUACAAUAGAAGCAUAGACAAAGGCUGUAGUCAGUCCUCUGGUAUGGUGGUCUUCUUGCUUUCCUUUUCAUACUUCAAAACCUUCAGCUAUAUAUUGAAGCAGAGCUUAGUGUUUCCUUUAUGGUGCAAUACGGGAAAGUAGUUGGUCUAAACUGUUUCUGAUCCAUCAGGGGCCAGUGAAUAAUUAAUAAAUAAGAAUACUAAUGGUUUUAUUCAGGAAUCAUUUCCAAUUUAGUAAAAAGUAGUAAAACAACUGCAUAUAUAAAAACAAUGACAAUUGCAUAUAUAUAUAUAUAUAUAUAUAUAUAUAUGCACAAUUUAAAAUCCAACUGGGGAUAACAGUCUCUACUGAGAAGUCCCUUUAGAAGAGGAAAGUGAAUGACUGGUGGAUCCCUGGUGUCUGGUGUUACAAGGGACUGAUUUGGGAUGGUGACACCUAUUCCAAGGCAUAGAAACAAACACCCCUGGUCUCCUGUCACAUAGUCUGGAAAACACCCAGGACAUUUUGCUGCUUGAGGGGGGAAAAGGAUGGGGUGGCACCCAUUCCUGUCCAUAUGCAGAAACCUACCGAACUGUUGGUUGACUUUCUUCAACACUGGUGAUGGGGCAGCUGCCUCCACUGCCCCUGAAGGCAGCAACACUUAGCUUGGAGGGGGCGCAGAGCAGAUUCCUUGGCACACACAGGUUGCAUACUGUUCCCUGCCUCCCAACAUUUUCUGCCUGAAACAGUUGCCUUCUCACUCUGCCUAAUACUAGAGUUGGACCUAAAUGCACCAUUUUCUCCAGUCCCUCUAGAAUUUGACUUUUUCAUACUCUUCUAUAUAAUUGUGUACAUGGAAAUAGUGGUACAUAAUUAUGCAAAUGGUUGAGAGGGGUAUUGUGGUGCAAUCCUAUGUAAGCAAGUGCCAUUGAGUUCAAUAGGGCUUUCUUUGAUGUAAGUGCUUAUAGGAUUGCAGCCUAUGUAUGUGGGAAGAAUGAUGGGAAGUGUCUUUCUUCUGGUUACUAAUGGUAGCAAUUGGGUUUUGACCACGGAGAUCUCUCUCUCUCUCUCUCUCUCUCUCUCUCUCUCUCUCUCUGCUUUCUAGAAAGUCUCUAAAUUGGAUUCUUGGGGGGUCCAUAUGGCUGUGUAUGAUGAAGACCUCUUGAAGAACCCUUUUUAUCUAGCUAUGCAGAAACGACGUCCUGAUCUCUGCAGGAAAGUUGCAGAAUUCCACGGAAUUGUAAGUAAACUUGAUGCCUUUAGAAAAUGGGUCCUACAGCUUGGCAGGGAAUGAGUUCGGACUUCGGGUUCAGAGGGUCUAUUUAACAGAUGUGGAAAAAUGGGCAAACUACACCUUUGCUGUGGUAUACUAUUAAGUUUCCUUGCUUUUUGUACCAUCUGACCACACAUGUUGCACAUAUGACAAAAGCAUUAAAGUGGAGGCAUCUUUGGGAAUGGGAGGAGGGUGUUGCUUGAUGCCAAUUCCUUAUUCUAAAGAUAAGUUUUGUGUAAAAAAAAUUAAAAUGUUUAAAAAAGAAAAAGUGGAGGAGCUAUGCAUAGUUGUAGAGAGACCACUCAGUGAGGUGCUUUUAAAUGGUUGCCACAAGAGUUAGUCCUGUUAUGAGAAUAUCUUUUGAUGACUCUACAUGGAGAAUCCAGAAUUUUUAAAUCAACAAAGUUUUAAAUGGUUUACAAAGGUACUUGCUUGGUGCAAUCUAUUCUUCUCUGAACUUGUGUAUGGCUGCCCUUGGAGGAAAUUCUGGGUGGUGUCCAAUGCUACUCCUGGACAGAGUGGACCCAUCGAAGUUCAUGAACAUGAUUAACUUAGGUUUGUCAAGUUUAGUAGGUCUACUCUGAGUAGGACUUGGUGGGAUACAAAACAUUGCGUCAAAGUAUUAAGGGUUUGAGAUAUGAAGUGGUGGCUCUCGUGGCCUCCCACAAUAUAGUAUUCCUUCCCCCAGCCCAUUGCACCAUGUCAUGGUCUGUCCUCAUUUGUGGUAAUUGAAGAUCACCUCCCGGUGAGUAAUGGUUUCUUGAUCUGUACUACAUUACUGCCUAAUUUCAAAACUUGGCAUCUUAAAAUAGUGUGGUCUGGCAAAAUGUUAAUACUUUAAGGAUUUAUCGGUUUUGUGUGUGUGCGUGCAUGCAUGCACCUGACUCCAUGUUUACUACUACUUUAGGUGCUAGUUCCAUGCAAAGGAAGUCUUUCAAGCAGCAGCAUCUCAGCUUGCCAGUUUGACUCCUACGUUCUGAAGUCUGUGGAAGAAAACUUUCAAACUGUGAAUGGAAAGGUACAAAAAGUAUUUUAAGGACAGGGAUCCUGUGCAGUCUUGCAUUGAGAGUGGUGGAGGCAUCAGCCCACUCUUCAGCCUCAUGAAGUUCAGUGGAAUAAAGGAAUUCUAAAGGAAUACAACAGUAAUGCUUUAAGAGCUCAAACAGAGAAGGCUUCUUACUCUAAAACUGAUGGACAAUCUUGCCCUUCCAUCAAACAUUUAAAAAUCAAUUCUGUAAUACCAUUUCAAAAGCAGAGUAGUGUGUUUUAACUUUUGGAUUGCAACUGUCUUGCUUUGGAGAAGCUACCUUAUCUUUCUCAAAAUCUGCAUGACUAACCACUGUUCCUAAAUAAUUGUUCUGCUUGCAUACUGCUCACGUUGAUAUUGAUCUUUUUUCAUUUGCCUUUCCCUUCCUCCUGUCCCUUUAGGAAGUCUUCAUACAAGGAAGCUUGAUCAUCCUUGGGGCUGGCUUCAGCCCUCGUUGCUCAGUGCCUGUUCUUUUUGAGGAAACUUUCUACAAUGAGAGAGAAGAGAGCUUCAGCAUCCUUUGUAUCGCUCAUGCGCUAGAAAAAAAUGAGAGUGAAGGUGAGUACAGUGGUGCCCCGCAAGACGAACGCCUCGCAAGACGAAAAACCCGCUAGACGAAAGGGUUUUCCGUUUUGGAGGCGCUUCGCAAAACGAAUUUCCCUAUGGGCUUGCUUCGCAAGACGAAAGCCCAUAGGGAAAUCUCCGGUCCGCGAGCCUGGGCGCGCUGAUCUCAGCGCGCGCAGGCUCUCGGCAUGCCGGCAACUCUCCGCGAGCAGCGGCAGCGCUGCCGCUGCUCGCGGAGAGGUCCGCGAAGCCUGGGCGCGCUGAUCUCAGCGCGCGCAGGCUCCGGCAUGCCGGCAACUCUCCGCGAGCAGCGGCAGCGCUGCCGCUGCUCGCGGAGAGGUCCGCGGAGCCUGGGCGCGCUGAUCUCAGCGCGCGCAGGCUUCGGCAUGCCGGCAACUCUCCGCGAGCAGCGGCAGCGCUGCCGCUGCUCGCGGAGAGGUCCGCUGAAGCCUGGGCGCGCUGAUCUCAGCGCGCGCAGGCUUCGGCAUGCCGGCAACUCUCCGCGAGCAGCGGCAGCGCUGCCGCUGCUCGCGGAGAGGUCCGCGGAGCCUGGGCGCGCUGAUCUCAGCGCGCCCAGGCUUCGGCAUGCCGGCAACUCUCCGCGAGCAGCGGCAGCGCUGCCGCUGCUCGCGGAGAGGUCCGCGGAGCCUGGGCGCGCUGAUCUCAGCGCGCGCAGGCUUCGGCAUGCCGGCAACUCUCCGCGAGCAGCGGCAGCGCUGCCGCUGCUCGCGGAGAGGUCCGCGAGCCUGGGCGCGCUGAUCUCAGCGCGCGCAGGCUCCGGCAUGCCGGCAACUCUCCGCGAGCAGCGGCAGCGCUGCCGCUGCUCGCGGAGAGGUCCGCGGAGCCUGGGCGCGCUGAUCUCAGCGUGCCCAGGCUUCGGCAUGCCGGCAACUCUCCGCGAGCAGCGGCAGCGCUGCCGCUGCUCGCGGAGAGGUCCGCGGAGCCUGGGCGCGCUGAUCUCAGCGCGCCCAGGCUUCGGCAUGCCGGCAACUCUCCGCGAGCAGCGGCAGCGCUGCCGCUGCUCGCGGAGAGGUCCGCUGAGCCUGGGCGCGCUGAUCUCAGCGCGCCCAGGCUUCGGCAUGCCGGCAACUCUCCGCGAGCAGCGGCAGCGCUGCCGCUGCUCGCGGAGAGGUCCGCGGAGCCUGGGCGCGCUGAUCUCAGCGCGCGCAGGCUUCGGCAUGCCGGCAACCUCCGCGAGCAGCGGCAGCGCUGCCGCUGCUCGCGGAGAGGUCCGCGAGCCUGGGCGCGCUGAUCUCAGCGCGCGCAGGCUUCGGCAUGCCGGCAACUCUCCGCGAGCAGCGGCAGCGCUGCCGCUGCUCGCGGAGAGGUCCGCGAGCCUGGGCGCGCUGAUCUCAGCGCGCGCAGGCUUCGGCAUGCCGGCCACUCGCCGCGAGCAGCGGCAGCGCUGCCGCUGCUCGCGGAGAGGUCCGCGAAGCCUGGGCGCGCUGAUCUCAGCGCGCGCAGGCUUCGGCAUGCCGGCAACUCUCCGCGAGCAGCGGCAGUGCUGCCGCUGCUUGCGGAGAGGUCCGCGAAGCCUUGGCUGGACAGCUUUUGAAGGCAGGUGGGGGGGACAGGACUUUCGCCCCCGCCAACCUUCAGAAGAGGUCCAGGACCUCUUCUGAAGGCUGGCGGGGGGCAAAAGUCUUUGUCCCCCUGCCUGCCUUCCCAGGGGCUUUAAAUUGCCCCGGACAGCGGAGAAGUCCUCCGCUGUCCCGGGGCAAUUUUAAAAUGCCGCCCGCCAGCAUUUUAAGAUCGCCCGGACAGCGGAGAAGCUCUCCGCUGUCCCGGGUUUUUAAAAUGCUGGGGGUGGGAAGAAAAGCCCUUGUCCCCCCCAGCCUUCAGAAGAGGUCGGGGACAGACUGUCCCCGGACCUGGUCUGAAGUCGGUUUCCCUAGGAACGCAUUAAUUGAUUUUCAAUGCAUUCCUAUGGGAAACCGUGCAUCGCAAGACGAAAAACUCGCAAGAAGAAAAAACUUGCGGAACGAAUUAAUUUCGUCUUGCGAGGCACCACUGUAGUAGUGCUCUUCUCAGCCAGCCCUUGGACUUCAACAAAGCCAACUCUAGGUAUUUUGCUGCCUGAGGCAGAUGGCAGGAGAGUCCCAUUUUCCCUUCUGCUGCUCCAUUCCAUGUACAUAAUUGGAUUGGACUGGCAAUUGAACCUUUUUUUCAACACUGGUGACAAUGCAGCAGACUAUAAUAGGAGGUACAUGGCAGGUACCCAAGAGGGAACAGACUAGGUGGCUAUCACUGCCACUCCACCCUCUGCUGCCUGACGUAUCUACCCUACUCUUCCUAAUGGUAGGGCCAGCCUUGGGCAAUAGCACUUCUUUCAGGACCUUCAUAUACCAUGAGCAGACAGCUUAAUGUGGUCUAGAAGGCAAGAUCAGAAGCCUUUCAUAAGGCGACAAGGAUGAGAGCUAGAUCACCCUAGCAGGCUUGCAUGAAGGAUCUUCAUCCUGAUUAUCAUUUCCUGGAAGAAAUGACUCUUCAGAAGCCAGGAAAAGAGUUAAGAGGUCAGCAAUAAAUAUGGGAGUCCUGGUUUCUUGCCAUGACUUUUUGCAUCUGGCAACAUAAAUAAAUCAAUAAAUAAGGAACUGCUGCUAAUGCUAGGAGGAACUGCAGAUCUUUCUGUGCACUGACAACUGCCCUCCAUUUCAGAACAAUCCUCAACGCCGUCAAACACUUACUCCCUGAAAAACGUUGAAGAUGUGAGAGAGUUCUUGGGGAGACAUGCUGAAAAGUUUGAUAAAGCCAUUGCAUCUUUCCACAGGACUUUCAAGGAUCAUGACAGGAAAAUCCUGCGGCACUACAUAGUCAGUAUCUCUGUUUUCAGCCUGCCUUAGUCUGUUGCAAAUGCCUAUUGCAAGAAACAUUCUCCCAUUUCUUAACGCAGGAAGAAUGCCUUUUCUGUGCCAUGUAUGCAUAGUCUAAAAAAAGUACAUAUUGCUUCAAAAGUUUAUCUAUAUGCAAAUCUGUAGCUAUAUGCAAAUCAGCGUAGAGUAACACAUUUCAGAUACCUUUUUAAAAAUUGAGUUGCAGCCUUAGUUACUACUCGCUGCUAGAUUACUUCAUAAUGAGAAUGGCUCAAGUGCAACUCUAGAAUAAAGCACAGUAACCUACUUGAUGCAAAUGUGCUCUGCACCCACAUGAACUAAACCUUUGGAAGAUUAAUCUGGAACCUGUACCUCCUCAAAGAAUGCACUGGCACUCCACCCAGUUAAGCAACUUGGACUCUCCUCAUGUCUUUCUAAAAUGUUCUUUCCCCAACCCAUCCCUGCAAGGGCCCUCUACCUAGACAUGUUGAUGCAGUGGCCCAGUUAGGAUGGCACAUUGAACCAUAGCUCACAAAAAGUGAGCUGCAGCAAGCUCCAGGUGCUCCCUGUUCCUCUACUUUGACCUCAAUGAGUCCAUAAGCUUUGGUUCUGUUUCUGCUUAGCCACAGCUGCUUGUGCCAUGGUUUGCAAGUUGCUUUGUGUGAAACAAACCAUGAGUUAAGCAGAGUUCGGACAACAUGACAAGCUGUCGUUAAGCAAAAACUUCUGAGCUCCACUUGGGAUCCAUGCUGGCCACAGGAAGUGGGAGUUUGUGGACUUGAGUCUCUUGUGAUUUAAUGUGACAUCUGAGCCCAGCCUUUUGUGCUCCAUAACGUCUGUCUUUUUGGUCUGCAGGAUUCUGUAAAUGCCCUCUACACCAAAUGUAUUCAGCAGUUAUUGAGAGACUCGCACCUUGUGAGUAUGAAAUGGUUUGUGUGUGUGUGUGUGUGUUAAAUACAAUUUUCUACCCCUUCCCCAGACAGUGCCUGUUAACACUGCCUUUUCUCUCUCUUGUGUCCUUAGAGGAUGCUUGCCAAGCAGGAGCCUCAGAUGAAUCUGAUGAAGCAAGCUGUGGAUGUAAGUAGUGGGUUGUUUGUUAGUGGGAAUUCCGUAAACUCACGGGCAUCUCCAGUUCAAUUUAUUUAUUUGUGUUUCAGAUGUACAUCCACCAUGCUCUAUAUGACCUGAUCUUUAAAUAUGUGGGGACUAUCGAGGCGAGUGAGGUAGGUGUCGCUUUCCCUUGGCCAUUCGAAUGCCUACUUUUCCAGCGCCAGAAUAUAAGGUGCUUAUCAUAGCACUUAUGGAAAGGGUACAUUUUGAUCAAAAGGCUUUUGCCUCAAGGUGCAUGUAGACAUUUCUGACCAUUGCUUACAUGUAUUUUAAAGGAAAAACACUUGGACUAUCUGUCCUUAACCCCAUAGCUCAGUGACAGAGCACCUGUUUUGCAUGUAGGAGAUGCCAUGUUCAAUCCCUAGCAUCUCCAGUUAGAAAGGAGUAGGUAGAAGGUGCCUGAAAACCUGGAGAAUCAAGAGUAGACAAUAUAGCGCUAGAUGGACCAAGCUUGAUAUACUGAGGCAGCUUCCUAUGCUCUAUGUACUCAUCUACUGGAUGGUCUCUUCGGCCCUCCACCUAUUGCUACAAUUCCCAUCAGACCCAGCAGGCAUGGCCACUGGCUAGGAAUUCUGGGAGCUGUAGUUCAGCAAUGUCUGGAGGGCCAAAGUUCCCCCAUACCUGAUCUUCAAACGUCUCAAGAUAUAGCCAAGAGAGCAGCUUGUUGUGUUUCUAAAAUGGCUUCAUUUGUAUUUGUCAACCAGGAUGCAGCUUUCAACAAAAUUACAAGAAGCUUACAAGAUCUGCAACAGAAGGACCUGGGUAUUAAGCCUGAAUUCAGGUGCGCUGCAUGGAGAUGACAAUCUUAAAAGCUCCACCAGGUUUUUGGGGGGUUGGUGGGUGGGGGAACCAACAACUUGAGUAAGAUAUAUAUGGCUGCUGCUCAGAGCAUAUUGCUCUUUGCAUGCUGUGAAUCUGUGUACUCUUUGCCGCUUUACCAAAAACAAAUAUGCAGGUAAGUGGGUUGUCGCCCAUAUGCCCUUGGUGCUACUGAAUGAAGAAGUAGGAAAGGGAGGAGUUCUGCUGUCAGCAUGUGUAACUGGAAGGGCUUGACGGCAACACUGGACUCUAGACAAAUCCCAAGGGAUAAUACUUCUGCUGCAACAGCAUAUGGAAGAGAGCUUGUGAAACUGCUCCCUUGGGAUGUGUGCACAGGAGCUUAUCAAUAUGUUGAUAAGCAACACAAGUUUUUUAAUCAAUAUGUUUGUGCUGGAGUUUGCUGACUCCUCAGCUUGCUUCCUGUAUUUGGGGCUUCAGGAGCAGCUGGAUCUGGAGAUCAUAGUAGGCAGCAGUGUCUUAUCUCUGUCAUAAAGAGCUUCAUUUGCUCAGCUUUGUGAAUGAAAAGUCAUCAGAACAGGCCAGACCACCUUCUCUUCUCCCUGGUCAUUUGGCAAGCCUGAAUUAUACUGAAUGUAGGAGUAGAAGUUGGUAUGGUUUGAAAUAGGUGCCCACUUUUCGACAGUCACUGUUGCUGCUGCUCAAGUCUGGUGUAUGUGCUAAGUACUCCUUUCUUUUGACCACACUUCACAGCUUCAACAUUCCUCGUGCGAAGCGAGAGCUGGGCCAGCUGAAUAAGUGCACCUCCCCACAACAGAAGCUCCUCUGUCUGCGCAAAGUGGUUCAAAUCAUAAUGCAGUCUCCUAGCCAAAGAGGUCUGUAACCAUGGCAAUGUAAUAAUGGUUUCAAUAGAUCGCCUCUCUGUGCUUUGAAAAGCCAUCUUCAUAAGCUUUUAAAUGGGUGCAUGUGAGCAGAACCUUGAAAUGUAACAUUCAGGUGCUUGUUUUCAGGUGUUUAUUGGUCUGUUCUUGUUUUAUCAUGUAUUUUGUGUCCUCAUUUUGCAUUAUGUUGUGAACCACCCUGUGAUCUGCAGAUAGAGUGGUAUACAAAUGUUUACAACAACAAUAAAUUUUCUUAUCACUUGGAAAUUAGUGCUUUCCCUUGAACUGAGGCAUCUGAAAUACUUUUCCAGGGUGUAUGGCAGGGCUUGUUCUGAGACUCCCCAGCUUCAAAGGGCUAGAAUAGAAGGUAUAAUUCAGACAGUACUUAGACCAUUGUCCCUGGCACUUGUUGGGCUGGUCUUUUCUUCCUUUUACCCAGAAAGAUGGCUUGAAAAUGAGUAAAAGACUUCAGGGAACUGGUUAUAUCUGUGUAGGGUUUUAAAUUGAACUACCUUGUGUUUAGGAGUGCCUGCUGUAUUUCUUUGUUUCACACAAAGGGCAUGCCUUCAAGAUGUGCCUGAAACUUCUGGAUUUUAAAACUGCUGCUGAUCAAUCGUGGUGGCAGCACCUUUAGUCUGCCGAAAGCUUUCUAAACACUGCAGCCCUAAUUAGAAGCAUUUAGGCACUAUCACUAGCAUAGAAAUGUGACUCCACUUUUUCCUUCCCACUUCAGUUAACAUGGAGACCAUGUGUGCAGAUGACCUUCUCUCAGUCCUGCUGUACCUUCUUGUGAAAACGGAGAUUCCAAACUGGUAUGUGACAAGUCUCCUUUUGCUCCUGAGUGUUAUUUCUCUGCUGCAAGAGCGCUAAACAAGGCAGAGUGCUGAAAGGUUUCUAGCAUUGCUUGAAGUCAUGGAGUCUGUAAGCUAGGAUGGCCAUCAGCUGCCAGCUGCCCCCCCCCCCCGUUCAAUAUUGAUUGUGUUUCAAGAUGCGAAGGGGUCUGGUUUGUGACUCUGGGUAUCCAGAUGAUUGCAUAGCUGAUUUAAGUGUUUGGUUCCAUUUCCAAAUGUGAUUAAGAAAUCACAUGUUCCAGUACUGGAGACAAACCCACUCCAAAUAAACUGGAUGCAGAAUCUGAUUUAAGUCUUAAAACCCAACCUACAUUUGGUUUAUGGGAUACAGUAAUUUGAAGUCUGUACUAGCUGUUCACUAGCAAAUGACCGUUGCAGUACAGUCCUGUAUCCUCAGCAAAGCCUUAAUUGGAUGCUUCUGUGUUCUAAGGUUUUAUAGCAGAACAGUGAGAAGCAUUGUGACUUGCUUUGGACUUGAAAUAGUAGUUUGAAUCAAAGACCAAAAAUACAUAUUAUCAAUUCUGUGAUUGCGUUGCCCUGGAAAUGGGCAUAAUAACACUGCACAGCUGAGUUCUUCUAACUGGUGGCUGUUUCAGACUCUCCAAUCGAGAUGCAUCCUGAGUCAGAAAUGUUCAACCUGGUCCUCUUAUUGCCAUUUGAGUAGAAACCCCUUUUGGGUGUGAAUAUUUAAUAUUUUGCUGCUUUUGGUAAAUCACUUGCCUUGCUUGGACAGCAUGUAUCACAAAUCUGAAAUCUCACAGAUCUGAAAAACGUGUAGGGUACUAACAUCUGUUACAAAAUAGACCUUGGUUGUUACAUUGGUAAGAUGCAACUGGGAACUAAAAAUGUAAAUGCUUACAGCAGACCUGUUGUAUUAGCAAUGUGCCAUUUCCAGGGAUUACAUGCAUUUAACAAAUGUGCUUAUGUUUUUGGACGUCAGUUAUAACGCAGGGCUGAUUUUUUUUUUUUUAAUCUGCGUGUCUUGAAUGUGCACGUGUUGUGUCCUUUUGUAAAUGUGUGGCUGUUUGCACAGCUUGCAUCCCAGGACAGGGCAUUGCAAUACAAAUGGCAUGGCUUUUUGUGGUGGUAACCUGCUAGAAAAUAAAGCCAAAUUGUUUUAAUCUGAUUUUUUCUUCUACCCCCUGCCUCCUAAAACCCACCAAUAUGAUUGUACCCAUCAGAAUGAUCCUGGAAAGCUGUAAUAAGUGUGAUCCCUAUAGUCUUUUUUUAUAGCUUGUCAGUUUUGACUGCCAAUCCAAGAAUGCCAUUUCUGGUUUUGUUGGGGCUGGGAGUUCAAUAGUAUCAGAGAUAAAAACAUAUCCUGUUAUUGGAAGUAUGCAGGAUCAAACUGCAGAAAAAGUGUGGAUUAAUAACAUGUUGUCUUCAUGGCUUUCUGUUUAUUCAGGAGCCUUUCAUGAUCAGCUGUGUGCAUUCUGAAAAUGGAGCAGGCGCCCUGCUCUUUCCUCCGUAAACAUUGUGCCUGCAAGCAUUGAAGCCCACUCAGAAUAAAUUAAACUUGUGGAUGAUGAGGGGCUCUCUGUGGGAGAUAGGAUAAAUGUUUUGAUCUUGCAUUAGUGAUUGGAAGUUGAGGAACCAAUUAGAUAUGCAUGCAAUUUUAAGUGACCUUUCUCAGUCAUCUCCACUUCUUGAGUAAUGUUUUGAAAGCCUUAUAUGCUAUUUUAUUUUCUGUCUAGGAUGGCAAACUUGAGUUACAUCAAGAACUUCAGGUUUUGCAGCUCAGCAAAGGAUGAACUUGGAUACUGCCUGACUUCAGUUGAGGCUGCAAUAGAAUACAUCCGUCAAGGAAACCUCUCGGACAGGCCAACAGUAAGUCACUUUAAUAGGGGUUGCAGCAUAAAGUCUGGCCUGAUAACGGCAAUUGUGCAGCAGUUGUGAUUGUAAUAGGAGUGCCUUCUGGACGUACAUCUCCUUUGCAACAGUUUACUGUUUGCCUGUGCACAUUGCUUAAAGGUCUCCGUAAGCAGACUUGAGCCAUUGCUCAAAGAGGCUUGUAAAAGGACAACCUUGAGCCCUGGUAGACUUCUGUUCAGCUUUAUUUGAAGGACAAGGAGUAUGAGCUGUAGAUACAGUUCCUGCAUCUUGUGCCUUAUAGCUUGUAUGUGCAUAAGCACACCCAUGCUCUUCUAUGCACUCCACCAUUUGUCUCCAAGUGUUUGGCAUGUUUAGUACAGACAAUGCCCAAAAUUAUAGCAGUGGGAUACAAUUAGAUCCCUUUUGUCGGUAAAAAAAAUAAAUACCAUUCUUAACAUUUCAGAAUUCAGGAAACAGAUCUGUAGCAUUGCUGAAGCUAAAUAGCUGUUGCCCUCUUCAGGAAUUGGGAUGGGAUAUCACCAGGAGAGCCCUGUAAGAACAGAACAUGCACACAAUAAAUGUGGGCCAGGCAUUGAAAGCACUAUUAAGCCACUUGCUGCUCCCAAGGAAUUCUGGGAACUGUUAAGUAUCAGGAGUUUUUAGGAGAUCGACUAUUCCCCCCCCCCGACCUGCAAUUUCCGUAGUGGGUUAACAAUAACUCUCUUCCCAGGGAAUUCUGGGAAUUGUAGCUCUUUGAGGGGGAAUGGGGUGUCCAACAACUCUCGGAACUCUUAACAAACUACAGUUCCCAGGAUGCAUUUUUUGGGGGGAGCCAUUACUAUUAAAGUGGUACGAUACUGGUUUAAAUGUGGGCAAUGGAUGUGGCCAUGAAACAGGUGGAAAUGCUGCAGAAAUCCUUUGGUCAGUAUAGUUUCCUCGGACUUUAUUUUAACCUUCCAAAACUAGGUGCUCCCGCUCUGAUCUGGAGGCUGAAGGAUGUGAACUUGGUACCACAAUGAAACCUGCACCUGAUCCAGCUGCCAAGAAAUGGAACUUAGCUGCUUAAUGGCUCUGUCUGUGGGGUGGGGGCCCUACUGUGGGACACACAUCACAAAAUCUGCUUUUUAAAAUUGGUUUUACAGCAUUUUUCACUUUGCUCUUUCAGUGGUAAAAUCUUUUAAGCAGAUUUGUGGCACUUGGCUACUCCUUUUUUAUAUAUAUAUAAAAAAAAGCAAAUGUGUAUCACAAGUCUUGCUUCCUAACUACUAUGUAAAAAAAAAGAAAAGAAAAAAGUUUGUGUCCAAAAAGAGGAGGGGGAUAAAAAAUAAAAAUAAAAGCCCACAUUUAUAUUUCAGUCUUUGAUCUGAAGGAAGUUUGAACUAUCAGUUACCCACCUUGUUAACAGAAAAGAUUCGGGCAGAGAUGUUAAGACUACAGCAACUUGCUAUGUUUUGUAAAAUAAAAGGCAUAAAUGAACUUGGAUGACAAAUGUGUGUGUGUUCUUUAAAGUAAAGCUGCUUUGAAACAACAACAAAAUGCUUUUCUCUCUUUAAAGUUAGUUUGCCUUUUCUUGCUGGCAAUUUUACCUAAAUACAUACUUGGAUGCUGCUAAGCUGCUUUUGUGCUGCUAGGUUUCAAUAGCUUUUUACUGUUAGACUCUUCAUAUGGAAGGAGAAUCUUCUGACGUUGCACUGACAUCUCUUGGUGCAAGAUUUCAGACUUAAGUUCUCUCGAGUUUGAAGAAUCCUGCUUUACUGUGUGUGGCAGGCAAAUUAUUUAAGAGACCUUGACUGUGGAUUUCUAGACCCAAAUUGGACACACUGUCGGGCACACAUUUAAACCUAAUCAGUUCAGUUACAUGGAAAGCAGGGUUGGGGGGGCAGCUGGUCUUUCCCCCAUUUGCUCAUGGAGUUCAGUGGGGUAGGAAAGUGCCUAGGUAAGCCAUCAGUAGGGAUUUUUAAAGCACUUUUACUGUGGGUUAAACCACAGAGCCUAGGACUUGCCGAUCAGAAGGUUGGCGGUUCGAAUCCCUGUGACGGGGUGAGCUCCCGUUGCUCGGUCCCAGCCAACCUAGCAGUUCAAAAGCACGUCAAAGUGCAAGUAGAUAAAUAGGUACCACUCUGGCGGGAAGGUAAACGGUGUUUCCGUGCAUUGCUCUGGUUCGCCAGAAGCGGCUUAGUCAUGCUGGCCACAUGACCUGGAAGCUGUACGUUGGCUCCCUCGGCCAAUAAAGCGAGAUGAGCGCUGCAACCCCGGAGUCGUCCGCGACUGGACCUAAUGGUCAGGGGUCCCUUUACCUUUACUGUUUGAAUUGGGGUCCCUACUUUGUCUUCACAAGAGGGCAUACCUGGAUUUUAAGUAUACAAGAACAUGGUGAGCUGCCUUCACUCCCCACUCCCCUGAACAAAUUAUUGGUGUAUCUAGCAUCAGUGUGAUAGCAACUCUUAGGUUCGAGAUGGGACUCUUCCCAAGCCCUAUGAAGAGAUGCUGGGAUUGAACCUGGGCCCUCCUAUCCCAUGCAUAGCAUGUGUUCUUCCACUGAGCUAUGGCCCUCCUUCACAGAUAUAUGCUGCCGUGAUGUUUAGUACCCUGCCUGCUGGAUACAGUGUUAAUCCCCCAGCUCCUGUCACUGUUUGUGGCAUCAGUUGCCUUUUCUCUGGGGCACUUGUAGAAAAUUGUUCUAGGCAGACCAAUCAGUGCUUAUCCUUAUUGCUGAAGUACAACUUGAAACACUGCUCUCUAGCGUGCCGCCUUCGUGAGAGUAAAAAAGGAAAGGGUUGAUGCUUAACACUUGGAAAAAAUCUCUUUAAAACUGCCUGGCAGAUCCCUUUGAAAGAAGCCACCAGCAGGGCCUUUCCUCCUCAGUACCCACUGCAGCCUAGAGCUACAGUGUGCAAGGUGUAAAUUCAGGCAUCUGGGCAAUGGGAAUAGCAGCACUUCCAAUGGCUAAAUAGUAGACUGAUUGGCUUAAUACAGAGUCAGAACACCAGUCUGCCACCCCAGCAUUGUCUUCAAGGACUGGCAGUUCCUCCCUGGGGUUUCAGGCAGGUUUGGGAAUCCCUCCCGAGUCCUACCUGCGGGCGCUACUGGGGACUGAACCUGGGGCCUUCUACAUGCCAAGCAGGGGCUCAGCCACUGAGCUACGGCAAACCUGGGUCAUAUGUACAAUGGUUUAUGUGGGUUGCAUAAUCCCAGGCAUAAAUGUGGCAAUCUCGGGGGCACUUGACUCUUGUUUGGAAAGCUGAAACCACGUGCCCUUGCUCUUCAGCAUGUGGCAUCGUAGGACAGUGUCUUAUGACUACAUCAAUUGCGCAAGGAUGGCUUGCUGUGGAGAACAAGCAGGAGUCCUACAACAUUAAUGUUUAAAUCACUAAUACUUAUCCUGUUCCAAUUUCUUAAAUUAUAUGCUGCCUUGGGAAUGCGCCUCUUGAAAUUAUAAAUGCUCCAUCAAGAAAACAUUGAAGCCUCUACCAGAACAAAUAGCAAUAAGCAUUUAAAGUUAAGCUUUAAAUAAUCCAGUGGCAGCUGUACAGAAUCCCUGAAUUUACAGGUAUCUCUGCCCUGGUGCAGGAGCCAGAGCAUUGGGUUCCAUCACCCUGGCAGAACCCACAGCUGAUGCCUGCUCCGCCCUUCUCCCCUAUUUUUUCUUCUUCCUAGGCAUACAGUGCCAGAUGAUGUGAUCAAGGCAUCCUUUUAAUUUCUACUGUGCCCCAUGUUGUUCUGCAGCGCUGUGGGAAACAAAAGAGUAGUUAGAUCCUGCUGUCAAGUGCUGGUACCAAAGCCAGGUAAAACCUCUUAGAGCCCACCACCAGCAGAGGCAGUCCAAGAGAGGACCAUUUGCUCAAGGUCCCCUCAAAUCUGAGAGGAGCAGUAUGAGUCCCUCACCUGCUUGUUGGAGGGAGAAAUUGGUGGGGGCAGUGGAGUGUGCUGCUUGGAAGGAAGAACUGGCUAGGACCAUGAACAGGAGUGUCCCUUGUUGGAGGAAGGAAACAGUGCCUCUCAUAUAGCAGGUUCCAAUUGUGUGUAUAUCACCAGUAUGUUCGAUAUGAUGCUAACCUGGUGCCCUGUUGAACAACUCCCAUCAGGCCAGCACAGCAAAUGGUUAGGGGAGUUGGCACCAGGUUCAUGGAACUAUUUAGCUUGGGGCAAUUAUAUUCUGCUUUUAGAAGAUGAAAAACCACUCAAAAUGCCUAAACCCAAGCUGCAUUAGAAAUUGAAAUUGAAACAAUGAAACAGAAUAAGCAGCAGGAAACCAUAGUAUGAGUGCAGACAAACAGGUUUAUGCUCAAAAUAUAAGCACUACCUUCACUGAGUCCUUUCUAAUCAUACAAAACGUGUACAAAAGAAACUGGGCUCUUCCGUAAACCUGCUGUCCAGUCUAGUCCUAAUCUUUAGUAGAUUACAGGCUAGUUGUUCCUCUAGCCCCGUGUGGUCCACUUUGACUUGCAGGUAUUCUCAACGGUCUUCACCAUCACAAGCUCCCUGGUUUUGUUACUAGCAACUGAAUUUCAGGAUCUUUUCCAUGCAAAAUGUACUGUAUCAUUCUUGUCAUUCCUUAACCACAUUCUAACUUAUGGCCCUUUUGUUACCUUACUCCAUCAGGCUAGUAGGCCUUAUCCCAAGCUGCCAUAGUUACCAGUGGAGGCCAGAGCCCUGUGAGUAGAAGUAAUCAAGUGGGAAAGGACCAUUUGGUCAUACUGAGAUGGUCUGACGUAGCAAUGGUAAUUGGACCACAUCAGAUAAAGCUAGGAAAUAGGGCCAGUGUGAAUGUGCUCCACUAUUUAUUUGUAUGGGGCUCAAACUAUGCACUCAUUCAGUUUUACACACCACUGUUGCUGCCAUAUUUGGAGGUUGUAUGCAUCACACCCUUGCGGGGUGACCUUGUUGGUGUGGGAGAGAAACCAGAUUUUCUGGCUGGAAAUUUUUGACACACACACCAUAACUCACAUGGCAGGGCAACUAAAAACAAAUCACUGCCCAUAUACAAUUUGAGGUGGUGCAUUCUCCAAGUGAGUGAGGACCAUACUGCCUUACAUACGCAGUUUCAAAUGAGUGCUAUAGUUCUGUUUGCAUUAGUGCGCAAAUAAUCUGGUUUGUGACACCCGCUUCAUGCUAAUGGUAACUUUCCAGGAAUUGCUGCGAAAUGCCCCAAUGACUUACAAGCUGAGAUGCUGUCUACCCUACAUUUAUCCUUCUCUUUUACAGAACAGGCAGUGUUGCUUUCCCAUUUGCCAUUUUCAUCAGCUCUAUAAGAAACUUGAAAGUUGGACUGACUAGAGCUGUGUAUUCAAGGGACACAUUAAUUUGGACAUAAAGCUUUAAGUCAAAGGUUACCUGUGCCUUCAACGUGAAUUUACAGCCAAGCCAGGCAGUGCUUUGUACCACUAAACUGAGCACAGGGGAGGCAGGAAUGGCUUAUAUGAUUCCAGGGCCCUGAAAACACAGGAACUACUUUCCUCAGGAAUGUUAAGCUGGCACCUCGAUCUGCCUGUAAAUUACAUUGUUACAGACACCACUUUUGCCACAUUUCUUUUGUCUCUUGAGAGGACUGGGAAGUACUUCAAAUGAGCAUAAUAUAAACAUUUAUUGUGGCACAAUAUGGCUGCAUUAUAUUAGUAACAUGAUAAGCACCAGAGGUUAGAUGCGUGGCAAUUAUAGUGGUGUUCUUGUUGCGGAAUACUCUCCUCAGAGACCUUUCCCCUUGUCCUGCUGCUCUCCCCUGGGGAAAACUGCUCUUUAGUGUUCAGUAGGAGCAAAUGGCAAUUCAGGCUUUCUGUGGCUUGUCAUUUGUUCCAAUUUAUUGUUAAAGAGCAGAUUUUCCCUGGGAAAAGAAUGGGGCAAGGGGACAACCACAUGGACUGCUACCUAGAAAGCAUAUAAAUAAUAAAAUUAUUAUUAUUAUUAUUAUAGGUCAAGCAGAAAACCACUCUUAUAUGUGCUUUCUAGGCACCAGCCCUCCCCUGGUGUCAACGUUGGUGACUUUCUGGAGCCAGUUUGACAUUGGUUUAUUUGGCCACGUUUCUCAUGAAACUGCAACCUCUGCUCUUCUAUAUAUAUUGCUGCUUUUACUUUGUUUUUUAUUGAUGGUAUUACAUGGCCUUAAUUCAGUUUCAUUCUAACCUUAUUACAGUAGUACCUCGGGUUACAUACGCUUCAGGUUACAUACGCUUCAGGUUACACUCCGCUAAACCAGAAAUAGUACCUCGGGUUAAGAACUUUGCUUCAGGAUGAGAACAGAAAUUGUGUGGCGGCAGCGGCAGCUGGAGGCCCCGUUAGCUAAAGUGGUGCUUCAGGUUAAGAACAGUUUCAGGGUAAGAACGGACCUCCAGAAUGAAUUAAGUUCUUAACCCGAGGUACCACUGUUUUGUUAUUAUUGUUUUUCUUUUUAAUUUUUCUUUGUACAUGUAAGGCAGGGUAUAGGUCUUUUAAACAAAUAAAAUAAUUGAAAUUAUCUUACUUGGUAUAAUCAGAUCAUGGGCAUCAAUUUUAAGUUGUUGAGCUUGGCUUGAAAGUAGACUUUGCUGUGUUGAACUGAUCAAUUCAGUGUUGUAUGCUAUGCCAGGAAUAAAUUGAUGGGAGGUUCUUUUCCCCCUCACAGGGAUCUGAAGGAUUUAGUGAGAAGCUAUUCUUAAGACAAAGAAUGAAUUUACUGUCUCAGAUGUCCAACACCCCGAUAGACUGCUUGUUUCAGGUUUGGAUUGCAUGAAUAUUAUGUCAGCUCUGAGAAAUGGCCAGAAAACUACUUUCCGUUCUAAGAAAGUUGAGAGCCCUUGUAACAGCUCAAUGUUUUGAAGGUUCCACCCGCCUUAAAAUAUAUUUUAAUCUUUCCAUUGAUUUUGCUUUUGUUUUAGAGUGAGUGAAAGAGAUGUCCAGUCCCCCCCAGUUUAGCUUUUAUUGGAUAUUUCAAUUAUUGAUGGUUGAAACAGACCAGGUAGUUGGUUUUGCACAGCCAGCAACAUGUCCAUUCAGAGCCUGUAUAUUAGGAUUAAGAGUUGGCAGAAAAUGCUGGCUGGUUAGAUGACAAUAUUAUAAUUUUAUUAAAUUUAUAUCCUACCCUUCCUCUCUAAUGAGCCCAGGGCAGCAAACAUGCCAGUUAUAAAACGACACAAUAAAAAUGUCUAAAAAUAGUUAAAAACAAAACUUACCAAUGAUCUCAGGGUUGCCAGGAUCUUUCAGCCAUCAAAAUGAUCAAGUAGGCUGUGGCCAAGCUGCUCCAGGAUGAUAUGGGGUAUCUAGACCUACUUCAGUUUGGCUUCUGGACAGUGUUUAGGAUUGAAAUAACAUUGGCUGAUCCAUUUUUGCCAUGAUGUAGAGAGGAAGAGUGUGACCCAGUUGAUUCUGCUGGAUUUUUCAGAGGCAUCUGAUAUUACCAGUUGUGGCACCUUUUUAGGAUUGGCCAUGGUUCUGCUUCUAUGUUGUAUUCCAGAAGAUGAUGCUGGGAGACCUAUGUAGAUCUAGGUUUCUAUAAUGUAUGAAUCCACCCCAAUUCAUAUUCACCUUUCUGCUGCCUUCUCCUGCACCCCACUUCCAUCUGUUUGGUUCUGAAUUUGGCGCCAGUGUCUGUCUCACCUUUUGCCCUUCUUUGCAGCAUGUUGCUUCAGGCAACCAGGAAGAAGCAGAGCGCUUGUUAAGCCAAGGGGACAACGAUAAGGACACUGUGCAAAAAAUGUGCCAUCCGCUCUGUUUCUGUGAUAAGUGUGAGAAGCUGGUUUCUGGGUAAGGGUUGUGUUUUCAAAGUUUUCCAGACUUUUUCCAAGCAUAAUUGGGAACUAUGUUGCUAGUGAGUUGGUUGAGACGUAAUCAUAAACUAUGGUUUGUGCUAACUGCAGUGUAGACGCCAGACAAUGGUUUGUGUGGUUCCUUCCCCCAAUCCCCGUAGAAUCUCUGAAUUCUCUCCCAAGCAGCAACCUCUGAGGGCAAAGCAACAUCCCAAUGUGGUUCCAAGGAGCCCAAACCAUGAAUUAUCAAUUUAGAUGCAAAGUCAAGGCAACAGUUUGCCAAGCCGUAGGUGAACCAGGUUUACAUCCUGCUUUGGUGAUGGCAGACAAUAUUUCAGCCAAUCAACUACCAUGAAUGUUUGGCGGUGAGAGAGGGGAAUUUAAAGUGGUUGGCUUUUCUACUCACCUUAACUGCAAGGUGAGCAAAGCGGUUUAUAAAGCUUUAUUUCCCUCCCAUGACCUUUUCUAACAGCAAAACAGCUUUGCUGACUAUUCAGGCUGUAGCUUUCCUGCUUCAGCCUUGUUCCUUGGAAUAAAUUUCCCUGGGAACAGCACUACAUCAUGGCACAGUGUUGUUCCCAGGGACACCCUCAGGAAAAAAAAAAUGUCUGCCGCCAUCACAGCAACUAUUCAGUAAACUUACAAGAACUCUGUAAGGUCGAUUGGUAUUAUUAUUUCCAUUAUACGGGUGGGAGGAACUAAGGCAAAGAGAACAGUUGCUAGCGAGUUCAGUGUUGAGACCAGAUUCAGCUGGUGACCUUACGACAGCCAUGCAAGGCAGCUCACUUGUAGCCAUGUUCUUUGGUGAUUUUAAACAAGGCAGCUGUGUGAAACAUACACUGUCCUUUGCUUGCCCAUGUUCUGUUUGUUGAUGAUGCCUUUUUUUUUACUUUAAGGAAACUGAACGAUCCUUCCAUUGUGACACCAUUUUCUAGAGAUGACCGGGGAUUCACUCCGCUUCAUAUAGCUGCAAUAUGUGGUAAGCGCUGCAGUUCAUUCGUGGACUAUGGCAGAAGUUUUCUGAUUCCCCACCCUCUACAAACAUUGUCUUCCGAGGAGUCCCUGAGCAUCUGUUACAGACCCUCCCUUCACCUGGUACGUUGCACAGGAUUCUCAGGUGUUCUCGAAGUUUCAGCUACAGUAGCCGCCAGGCCUUGGGGACCCUCCCGUAUAAACUGAGCAUGAACGUAAUGAUGCAUCCAGCGUACACUUACAACUUCAAAUUGCAAUUGAAGAACGCACUUGUCUUUUGUCCCCUGUUCUCAUCUUCUCACGGAGAAGAGACCUUUUGUCCAUGGCAGACCCACAUGGUUCAACCACUGGCAUUACAAGUUAAAACGAUCAGAGAGUGGGUGAAUGGAAACACCUCUGCUUGAGAGCCACUACUAGUCAGAAAACACAGUGCUGGGCUACUAGUUUGAUUUGUUAUAAAGCCGUUUGCUUACAACAACAACUACUACUACUACUACUACUACUACUACUACUACUACUACUACUACUACUGGUUAGCCUUCCAAGGGUUUCAGGGGUACUCUGGGGCACAGUUAGAAAGCUAUUAGAAUUCCACUCCAAGUCUGGAGUGGAUUUGAACAUCUGCCCAGCACAAAUCUUGCUACAAGGAGAUCAUUUGCUCUACAGAACCAAACUGCAGUAUACAGACCUAACUGUAAGUCUGUAUGGCUUUGGUUAUUCCAGAUGGGAGCUGGUGGCCAGAUUAUCUUGCUUUUUGGCUUGAUUUGAUUUGUUAUGUGUCUGUGCCGCUUUUCACUCAAACGAAUCCCAACGUGGCUUACAAACAAUAAAUAAUAAUAACAUGAUAGAACAUAAUAGAACAUCAUGAAUUCAGCCUAGAUCAUAUAUAGAAUAAUUAACAAAUCAUCAGUGAAACAAUUACAAUCCAUAAAACACUUGGUAGCAAAACAGCAACUAAAGAACAGGCUAAACACCACAAAUAAAAGUUGUAUUAUAUGAUUAACAAAUUAACACAGCAUUUAUAUUCUAUGAAAAUAAUAUUAACAAAAUAUCAACCAAAAAAUAAAAUAAGUGCUGUUAAGUUCAUACACACACUCUUCACACCCCCAGGUAGCAGUGGGGUGAAUUGGCCUUGAUAACUUUUGGCUUCCUCCAAAUUCCUGACUCUGUAAUUCUAUUUCUUGGGGAGCUCCCCCUGAAGGCCUUUUCUGCAGCAUCAAAUAUAUUGCUGCAGCAUCCACCUGCUGUGUGUAGACCACUGAUUUGAGAAUUUGCAGCCAAGUUCACUGGUUUUUGGGGGUUACACUUAGUUACUUCUUCUUUUCCCAACGUAGGAUGACUUUUCUGUGUACUUAUAAUAUGCACUCGCAGCAAUUCAUUACUGGGCUCUCUCCAGAGUUGAGAUUGAUUCAUUCAUUAUUGCUGGAAAGGCCCCUGCCAAGCUGUGACCUAGAACAGUAAUGUGCCAACAAGCUGAGGGGUGUCUUAUCACCAUGAGCAAAUGCUAAGUUGCCUGUCAUAUGGCGCCUGCAAGUGCCAGGAGAGGCAGCAGAUUGUUCAGUUCCCAGUUUGACCCAGAGGGUGACACUUCCUUUUCUCACUGUGAGAUGCUGACAUUUUGAGUCUGAGAAGCUAUAUACCUUUCUCCACAGGGCAAGCAUCUUUAAUUGACUUGCUGGUCUCCAAAGGAGCCAUUGUCAAUGCGACGGAUUAUCACGGAUCAACGCCACUUCACCUCGCCUGUCAGAAAGGAUACCAGAAUGUUACCGUAAGCACAGAUCUUACGUAAUAAUAACAACAUUUUAUGUACCUUUCAGUCCAGUAUUGCUUGUAGAUUAAAAGCAAUGGCUUGGCCGUUUGCUGAUGACAGGAACGGUGGCUUUUUGAGGGGUCCCCCCCCCAUGAAUGCUGUUUUUUAAAAUAUAUAUAUAUAAAGAUAUUUAUAUACGGCUAUAUCAUAAAAAAUAUAUCACUACAGUUUGCAACAAUAUGGCUUCUCCAUAUGUUAUUUGACUUCAAUUCCCUUCAGCUCCCACAAAAUACUGACCAUUUGGAGGGUCUAUAAUAUUUCUUUAAACAGUAAAAAAAAACAAAAAAAAACAUUAAUGAAGUAGAAAUCCUCCACUGCUUCCUCUGGAGGAGACAAUUUGAUGCUGACAGAUUUGGCUCUGAAAAAAGUUUCAGACAUUAUGAAAUUAGUCUUGUUUAAACACACACACACACACACAGAGAGAGAGAGAGAGAGAGAGAGAAGAUGCAUGGGAUCCAGUGUAGUUUAGGGCUUGGAGUGUUAGACUUGGGCCAGGGAAUGCUGGAUUAACAUCCAUUGCCUGUCCAUGAAGCUACCUGGUUGACCUCAGGGAAGUCAGGAUCUCUUGGCAGGAUUGUGAGAAAACUGUCAGGCAGAGCUCAGUGGAAGAAGAAUGGGUGAAACAUGUGAAAAGUCAAAGGAUUUGGUCAGGCCCACUUUAUGAGCUGUGUGCUGUAUGUAUGUCAAUCAGAUGAGAAUAAUGUAUGUGAAGUGAUUUGAUUGCUUGAAAUUUGCUGGAUCAGUGCUAAAUGUUACUGUUUCAAGCUCUUCGAAGUAGAGCCACACUGAUACUCGGGAAUGAAGGAAUCCUUCAUUAGAUUUGACAUCAUGCAUUAAUUCACCCCAAGGAUGCAUUUUGCUCUGCAAGGCUCCCCCAGAGCGCUGGAGCCUGAGCCUUCCUUGUAUUGUUUUGUAUCAUAGUGUUUAGUGAGUGAAAUAAUAUCCGCGCAGCUUGGGCAUGACUCUGAAUUGGUUUUAAGCAGCUCAUGAUAAGAAAUAUUUAUAUGGUCAGGAAUUUGGCCACAAUGGUAGCAGCAUCAGAUGUCAAGGAAAUGAACAUCUGUCUGACUUUUAGAAAACAUCUGAAGGCAGCCCUGUAUGGGGAGAUCUUAGAAUGUUUGAGGUUUUUUUGUGUUUUAAUACUUUGUUGGAAACAACCCAGAGUGGCUGUGGUAACCCAGUCAGACGGGCGGCAUUUAUUAUUAUUAUUAUUAUUAUUUCUCAAGCCAUUAAGGCUUGGCUCCUUCUAAGCAGAGGGGAUGCAUGUGAGUUAUUCCUUUUGCACAGAAACUGAAAGGAGCCACAAUAGGAUUUAUUCUCCAUCCCCCCCACCCCCGGCUCUUUAUAUCAUCGUCAACUCUUAUUUGUAUUCCACUUUCCCACAAAAGUGUGCCCAAAGGUGCUCACAACAUAUCAAGUGAACAAGUAUAACAGUUCAGCCAUCAGAUUUCAUCCCAAACAUAUGCAAGUUAGAAACAGAAUUUAUGGGACUCAAUUUGACACAUUUGUAUGGCCUUAAUUGUACCGUAGCUUCUUCCACUUAAUAGAGCUGCCACUUCUAACCCACUGAAAUGUGUGCAUGCCACAUAAAAACGUAGCUUGGUUUUUUUCCUUUUUCAGCUUCUCCUCCUGCACUAUAAGGCGAGCACAGAAGUCCAAGACAAUAAUGGCAACACACCCCUGCAUUUAGCUUGCACUUACGGCCAUGAAGAUGUAAGUAGUUUGCAGCAACAUGUUCAGGGUACCUGAACACCAGUUCAGGGUACCUAUAACACCAGGGUACCUAUAACCAGUUAGGUGGACUUUAGCCCCAUUGAAAACAAGGGCACUUAAAGUGAUUUCAAAGGGGCUUAACUUAGUCUGGAUGCAGCCUCACACUUCAUUUUUUAUUUCAUUUCUGAACUUGUAAUCCUCCAGCCUUUUCAGAAUGAUCCUUGAGGGUUAGAAACAGGAGCCCAUUGAGAGAGUCCUUUCUUUUGUAAAAACUUUGUUAGAGCUUUGGGGUCAUGCAUGGAACAUUCCUCUGUGUCACUGUCUUACCUUGUGGAGAGUAAAUUGGGGUAAAUUGUGGAAAGUAAAUCUGAGGUAAAUUGUGCUGCCCUGUAUAGUUGACAGUGUGACCUUCCUGAUUCUGCCAAUCUGUUCUUGGAUGAAAGGAGGUUACAGACUGUGGAGUAAAUGAGGUUCCCUCAUUCAAAUAGUCAUAACAAGGCAGUUCACUUGUCCUUUUUUCUAUUUGGGAGAAGGGAGUAGCCUUAUGCUGUUGGGCUGCCAUGUUUAUAGGAAUGACAUACAGAUGCCAUUUACACAUAGUAUGCACAUAGUGUUAUGGGUUGGCUCCAACUAAGUCAUACUCAAAAUAAGCCCAUUGAAAUCAACAUACCUAAAUAAGUCAGCGAACUAAAGUCCAUUGAUUUCAUGUGGGUCUAGUAUAUGAUUUAGUCAGAUACAACUUGUGCAAUGUAAUGUGCAGAUUAGCAGUGGGCUGUGUGGUAGAAACACCUGCUUUGCAUGCAGAAGGUCCCAGGUUCAGUCCCCAACAGCAUUUCCAGGUAGGGUUGAGAGAAACAACCAUGACUUGUGUGUUGUGGCUUAUUUUAUUUUACUAUAUUUGUAUGGCUGCCCAACAACUUGCUUUCUCAGAGCAGUUCCCAGAAAAUUUAAAGGAUAAACUAGAGUCUUAAGAUGCAGUAUAAAAACAGUGAUGAGUAGUAUAAGAAUGAUUUGGUCUGGCAAGAUGCGAUGACAAAAUUGCCCUCUAUCUCUAGUCCCGUUGCUUUAGUGAUGUACACCAUCACAGCUUUGGUCUUUGUUUUAACUUUCCAGUGUGUCAAGGCUUUAGUCUAUUACGACGUUCACUCUUGUAAGUUAGACAUUGGCAACGAGAAAGGAGACACUCCUCUUCACAUAGCUGCUCGCUGGGGUUACCAAGGGAUCAUCGAAGUGCUGCUUCAGAAUGGAGCCAACCCAAAUAUUCAGAACCGGACAAAAGAGACUCCUGUGCAGUGCGCAUUAAAUUCUACGGUACUUCUUAGAUACCACUUCUUUUUUAAAAAAAACAACAACCCCAAAUUUCUUACAUGAUUUUAAAUGUUGCUUAAUUACAAAGAAGCAAUAUUGGCCAGGGCAGUUAAAAAUAAAAUAAAAUUCCAUUUGCUUUUGGUGGACAAAUGCCACUGUUUUAUAUCUGAGACAUCCAUGCAGUAUGUAUUCAUUUCUGUGGUCCUCUUAAAUUGAUCUGCUCUAUAAUUUUUUUUUUAAGAAAACAAACAAAUGUUAUUGUGUUUUUUACUUAAUUGGAAGGACAGUGGCUAGCCAGGAACUCUUGAAAAUACUUUUUGCUUGUUUUUGACAGGGGAGGGUUGCAGUUCUACUCCCAAAGUGCCUGAGAGGCAAGUUGAAUCUUCCUGAUCAGGAUGCUCUCUAAUCUGCCUUUAUAUAUCAUUGCUAAUGUCAUGCUUGCCUUCUGAUCAGUAAAUUUCUCUGGAGAGAUGGAGUUGCAACUUGCCUCUUCAUGAAUGUUUGAUCUUUCUGCUUGCAGAUUUUGUCCUUAAUGGAACUGAACUACCUUGCAUUUGAAAGAGGGCAGAGUGCUUCUCAGGUAACCUGCAAACCCUUCCUUAGCGUAAUGGUAUUCAGCUGAUCAACUGCUGUGAUAACAGCGAUGCUGCCAACUCUUCCUCCUUUUGUUUUCUUUGCUGGUUCCACUAGUCCCCAGCCAGAUCUUCUCAGGGUUGUGAGGACUCCAUUAGCCAAAUAUCGUCCAUCUCCAGUUUAUCUUCAGCAACAGCUAGACAAGAAGAAGCAAAAUCUAGUUAUAAAGAGGUAAGUCGAUGAAGCAUUGGGCAAUGAGCAGCACAGUCGAAAUCUAAGGGGCCAGGGCCAUUCCUGUUUUCUCCUCCGCUCAUAACAGUGGAACUUGAGUGUCAUCCCAUGAAGCUGAUUAGCAGGAGAUUCAGGACAAACAAAAGGAUGUACCACUUCACACAUGUCACACUUUCUGACAUUCAGUGUAACAAGAUGUGAUAGCCACUUGAUUAGACGGCUUUGAAAAGAAGAGUAGACGCAUUUUAUGGAGGAGGGUGAGAUCUGUCAAUGGCUACUAGCCAUGAUCACUAUAUGCAGCCUCUGAUUUUGGAGAUAUUAUGGGAAGAGACCAUCACUCUGCUUUCAGAUGGUCCCAGAGUCAGCCAUUGGCAGCAGUGAUUAGAGCAGCCUUCACCAGCCAGGUGCCCCCCAGCCCAAAUGUUUUGGAUUACAGCUCCCAUCAGCUGGCUGGGGCAAAUAGGAAUUAUAGUCCACAACAUCUGGAGGGAGCCAGGUUGGCAAAGGUUGGGCUGGAGGUCUGGUACAGUGUGCAGAGGGUCAGGCUAGAACUGGGUCCAAUCUCUGGCAUCUCCAUAUUAAACAGCAAGAAACAGGUAGCAGGUGACAUGAAAGACUUCUUUCCUGAAAAGGCUGGAAAACUACUGCUGGUCAGAACAGAGAAUAUUGAGCUAAAUGGAUGGAGAGUCUGAGCCAGUGUAAGGCAAAACGUUGAUGCUCUGUCCCCAUCAUUAUUGUCUCAGGACUACCUUUGAAUUUUGAUCUGUCUGUGUGAGAUACCUUUAGGUCGCAAUGGCUUCUCCUGUUGUGGGUACAGACCAGCCAAAAGUUGCUGUUCUGUAAAUGAGAAGUACAGUGGUACCUCGGGUUACAUACGCUUCAGGUUACAGACUCUCCUAACCCAGAAAUAGUGCUUCAGGUUAAGAACUUUGCUUCAGGAUAAGAACAGAAAUCGUGCUCCGGCGGCGGUAGCAGGAGGCCCCAUUAGCUAAAGUGGUGGUUCAGGUUAAGAACAGACCUCCGGAACGAAUUAAGUACUUAACCCAAGGUACCACUGUAAUGCAUGUAAAAAAAAGUCAUUCAGUGUGAGAUUGAGGAUCGCUUCCUUUGUGCUUUGCUCCUCCUCCUCUUUUCGCCUUUAAGAUAUGAACUUGUCAUCCUCAAGAGGCUGAGGCUUCAGUUCAAGUCAGGGAAAAGAGAUUACCUGCGUCUUAGACUUUUAGCUUCUAGAGCUCACGUCCUCUUCGUUUAAUCCAAAAUCAGUUCACUCCCAUUUGCCAUAAUUUGUUGCACUUGCAUCUUAUUGAGUAAGAAAGUGGUUUCUGAUUGGGGGGUGGGAAUUGUGCCUGAUCCUGUAUUUUAAGCCAAGAAUGGCCUCUAAAUUUAAAAUGAGGGUUUUUGUGUUUUUGUUUUGCUGGAGAAGCGUAGUUUUCUGUGAAGAUGUCAGUUUGACAACCUUUGUUUCUGUCAACAGAUUAAUGCCCCCACCCCUACAUUAGAGGCCGCAUGCCAUUGGUGGCUGGAGCCAAUGAUUGUCAGAACCAGAUACAAGUAUUCUGGAUUAACUAAUCUAGAAUAAAGAUAGCCUUUCUUCUGUUUUCACUGUGGCUACCUCAGAUUAGAAUUCCCAGUCCAAGCAUGUCUGCUCAGAAGUAAACCCUACUGAGUUUGAUGGUUUAUUCUCAAAUGAGCACACAGAAGAAUUUGUUCUGGAAAGCAAGCGAAAGUAAUUUCUUUUUGACUUUAGUGUGCUAUGCAUACAUAUAUGGCAGUAGUUGGCCAAUUUUUUCCUACAGGGGGAAACUCCCACUUGUUCUGAGACUGUAUAGCAAGAAGGGGGAAAACACCCUAAAAGCCAGGAAAAGCAAGGAGGAAACUAAGAGGAAUCAGCUCAACUCUCAUGGGAUGGAUGGAUGGGGCAGCUUCAGAAGGUAUCAGGAACUGCCUCAAGUGAGGUUGGGGGAUGCAUGUUGCUCACCUGUGAUUCAUUCAGAGCCCCCCUUGGCUAGACUUGGUCACUCUCUGCUUCCUGCUUGCAAGAUGGAAAGAAGAGCCAAAUUUACAAAAUGAUCACUAGACCCCUUCCUACAACUGUUUACAAGGACAAGGAGAUGUUUGGCCUGAGGAAGGAUGCGAGUGCCACAUCACAUGCAGUUUGAUGGGAGGCUUCCAUCCUAUUUGGCAAACUGAUUCUCUGGGUGUAGAUGCUUUUGUAGCCCAAACAGCAACACCUAGGCACAAGAGGAAGUAUCAGCAAGGUUGAAAGAACCCAAAUACCCUAGUAGUACAACUAAACAUUUCUUUUUCUUCUGGCUGUAUUCAUUACAUAGGUGGAGAAACUUUUAAGAGCAGUUGCUGAUGGAGACCUUGAAAUGGUAAGAUCUCUUAUGCUUUGUGCUACCUUGUUUGCAUGCAUUGAUGGCACUUUAUAAGGUAGAGAUUUCCACGAGCAUAACAGUAAGAGUGUGCAGCUGUUAAACAGUGACAUGCUUUUAUUCCCAUAAUGGGAGUGUCUGGAAAUUUGUACCCCACCCAUCUGGCUGGGUUUCCCCAGCAACUCUGGGUUGCUUCCAACAAAGAUUAAAAAUACAUCAAAGUGUCACACAUUAAAAACUUCCCUGAACAGGGCUGCCUUCAGAUGUUUUCUAAAUGUCAGGUAGUUGUUUAUCUCUUUGACAUCUGAUGGGAGGGCGUUCCACAGGGCGGGCGCCACUACCAAGAAGGCCCUCUGCCUGGUUCCCUGUAGCUUUGCUGUGACAACGGAAUCAUGACCCCAUUAGCAGGAAGAGCCCAGAAGUCCUAUGAAAGGCUGGAAGCCUGAGGCAGAAUUGGGCCAGUUGCAGCAUGCAGCAGUCUGUUGCUGCUGAGAACAAGUAGGAGAAUCGGGGCACCCUUUCACUCCUUCCCCCCUGUUUCUGAGGCCCAGGUGAGAAAAGCUCAGAGGACCAGGGGGUCAAACCAGACUGUGGAUGCUGCCACUCAUUCCUGACAGGAUGGGCAGAGCCCCAACAAGGGGUUUGUUACAUUUGUAGUGGGGGCUAGAACAGGGGUAGUAACACAACGCCCUUUAGUUAAAGGACUGCUGGCAAUGGAGCUUUGCACUUAAGGGAACACUUCUGCAUACAUAACACAUUUCCUCCCCUUUGUUUUUGAAGCAGCUUCCUGUUUUGCCAUGCUCACUCUGAUUGCAGGAGUAACAUGCUUUUUUUAAUUAAAAAAGAUUAAAAAGCUUGGUGCCUCUUGUGUUGCUGUGAAAUCCUAUAAUCAGCCAUUUAUGCACAUUAUAGAAUAUUCAACAUCUCAGAGAGGCAGUCUUGGUUCCUCUGAGACCUUAAAUGCCAGGAUUAGAGAAGGCUGCACCUCCUUUGAACACUCUGGGUCUUCAUCUAAAAUGCAUUAGAAUUAAAUGCACAACACUAGACUGCCUCGUAGUACAUUCUGUAUUGAUUUAACUGUUGAAGAGUGUAUAUCCAUGUGUAGGAAGAGCAUGUGGCAAGUCCCCUGCUGGGACUGAAUGGCUUCAGAAUGCAGGGGGCAAAAUCGUAUGGUUGAAUGCUCCCCCAUAUCAAAAAUGCCCUUCUCGUCGGAAACUGGCAUGCAAGGGAGAAGGAAUAUGUCUUAACCUUCUAUCCUGGACGUGUUGCAGACAUCACCAUCCUGCUCUGUGCUACAAACACAAAACCAUUAUGCAGGUAGCGUGUAUUUUUCAAAUGCGGCUUUUCCUUUGAAUAUAAACUGAGGCAGAGAGGGCGAAUAGAUCUCCACCUCCCACAUUUCUCUGUGUUUCAAAGAGGAAAAGGAAAGUCUGCAACUCAAAAGAAAUACUGAUGGAUUAAUCAUGAUAUUUUUAGUUGGAUAAUUGAUCAGUUUUCAAUUUGCAUAUGGGUGAUUAACAAUACAGUGGUACCUCUACUUAUGAACGUGAUCCGUUUCGGGGUGCCAUUUGCACACUGAACAGUCCGUAAGUGGAGCGCCGCUACUGCGCAUGCGCAAAGCGCGAUAGAGCGCUUCUGCGUAUGCACACACGGUGAACCCAGAAGUAAACGCUUUCGGGUUUGCCGCGUUCGUAACCUGAAAAGUGGCAACGUGAAGCACACGUAACACGAGGUAUGACUGUACUUCUGAAGCAAGAAGCAUAUGUCCUUUGCUUUUAGAUUAUGAAAUUGUAUUGCAGCUGGCAUCCUCUUAGAAGAGGCAUUACCCUCCUGCAUGUGAGAAGAGAGAAUGGCUCUUUUAGGAUGGUGCUUGCCAUUUGUAGUUUUCAUAAGCAGCUUGAAUUAAAAAGAAGCCUGUAUAGUAUAUUCCAACAGUGAAUUCCUUCUCCAAUGACUGAACAUGCUCAAUGACAAUGAAUUGCUGGCUGAUUCUUGGUGGGUGUUUGGGAGGGGGACUGGCAAAUUGAGGAGAGGGAGUGCAAUGGAGUGUCCUGGAAAAGGGCACAGAACUUGAACUUGACACAACAACAUUUUGUUGUAGGUUCCACAUGAAUGCAUUUGUGGGUGGGUUUUUAGCCAUCCAUCCAUCCUGCUGCCAGUUUCCUCUCUUGGUUGAUCUAAAUUAAGUAUUGCAGUCCAGAUGUGCCUUUCAUAGAUGCAAUACCUGUGUUACCUUCUUAGAUACUCAUAUCCAUGAGUAACUUUUCUCAUGAGUAGUCCUAAGAGGGAAGUUGGGCUAUGUUUUUUCCUCAAAUAGUAGUAUCAGCUUUGAACAAAAAGUCAUGGCAAUUUUAAAACUGCCAACAAACACAUUUUUUUUGGGUAAUGACUUACAGAAAUGUAAAAGCAACUGGGGUUGUUUUGAUCUGUAAUACCUCGUUUUCCAUACAGCAGCAGCAGCCUUGCUGCUUCCAUCCUAUAAUUUGCAAUAUUUACUGUCUCCUGUGAUGACUGAAAACUGCCUGAGCCCUGCUAUCUUUUUCUCCAGAAGCCUUUUAAAAUGGUGACAAGCAAAUUAUACCAUUGUAUGUUUGAAGAUUUCUUCAUUUUUAAAAUAAAAAAAAUAAGAAAGUCUUGUGAAGCUGUAUUCAGAUAUCAUACCAAGCCAUUCCAAAGUCAGCACUGGAAGCUGUGCCUUUGAAUUGGGCUCACCAUGGUUUGGCAUAAUGUUUGAAUUGAUAAAUCAGUGAUGGGCAUGGAGCCCAUGCCUUGCAUUCAAAAGGUCUCUGCUUUGAUUCCUAGCACUUCUAGGUAGCAAGGAGAUGAGAGAGAGCCCUGCCUGAGAGCGGAGUUUAGGCUAGAUGGAGCAAUAGUUUGAUGCAGGAGAAGGCAACUUCGUAGGAUCAUUGCUGAAAGGAUCAGCCAGUGCAAUAAUAAUAAUAAUAAUAAUAAUAAUAAUAAUAAUAAAUAUUAUACCAGACCCACCUGGCUGGGUUUCCCCAGCCACUCUGGGCGGCUUUCAACAGAACCUUAAAAACAGGAAAAAAAUCAAACAUUAAAAAUUUCCCUAAACAGGGCUGCCUUCAGAUGUCUUCUAAAAGUCAGAUAGUUGUUUGUUUCCUUGACAUCUGAUGGGAGGGCGUUCCACAGGGUGGGUGCUACUACCGAGAAGGCCCUCUGCCUGGUUCCCUGUAACUUCUCUUCUCGCAGUGAGGGAACCGCCAGAAGCCCCUUGGAGCUGGACCUCAGUGUCCAGGUAGAAUGAAGGGGGUGGAGACACUCCUUCAGGUAUACAGGACUGAGGCCGUUUAGGGCUUUAAAGGUCAGCACCAACACUUUGAAUUGUGCCCAGAAACGUACUGGGAGCCAAUGUAGGUCUUUCAGGACCAGUGUUAUAUGGUCUCAGCGGCCACUCCUAGUCACCAGUCUAGCUGCUGCAUUCUGGAUUAAUUGCAGUUUCUGAGUCACCUUCAAAGGUAGCCCCACGUAGAGCGCAUUGCAGUAGUCCAAGCGGGAGAUAACCAGAGCAUGCACCACUCUGACGAGACAGUCUGCGGGCAGGUAGGGUCUCAGCCUGUGUACCAGAUGGAGCUGGUAGACAGCUGCCUUGGACACAGAAUUGACCUGUGCCUCCAUGGACAGCUGUGAGUCCAAAAUGACUCCCAGGCUGCGUACCUGGUCCUUCAGGGGUACAAUUACCCCAUUCAGGGGUAAAAAGAAAAAUGCCUCUUUACCCUGGCUUUUGACACUUGUGGGUCUGAAAUAUAUACCUCUCCUUUUUUCUGUGAUUGCAAGUUGUUUUAAAAAGUUUUUAAUAUUGUGUUUUAAUGUUGUAACCCGCCUUGGGACCUUAGGGUGAAUAAUAUUUUACUAUAUAUCAUAAUCUCUAGGGAGUGAGAAGCUAUGUAGAAUCAAGUUCCACAGCAAGAAGCAUCCUUCUAAUUGCAUGUUUUAAUGCACUCCUCCUUGCUCUGAAAGCAUUCAGAGUGUGUUACUUGGUGAGAUCAGAUUACAGCAGCUCCAUGGGAUACUUAACACGUGCACCUAUUUUAAAAUGCAUUUAACCUUUUGACCAAAAUCCUUCCUUAAUCCAUUGUCAUUGGAAACAGAUACAUUUGAGACAGCGUGAUUAAACUUUGGUAAGGCACUGAUUCGAAACUUCGGGACGGAAUGUUUUGGGAAGCUGUGGCAAGCUAAUGAUUGGUCUGCUAGACUCCCUGUUGUUCAAGGUUGGGUGAUAAAUUUGUGCAGCUGAAGAAAGGAGUUUGUGGGGAUGAUCAGUCUUGUUUCUGCCUGUGGGAAGGAGGGGUGGCCAGUGGGGGACCUGUCAGGAUAAUCUGAGGGAUUCCUGAAUUCUUGAGGUGGGUGAAUGACUGACAGGGCUGGCCAUUCCCUAUUGGAGCAUUGGUCUCAGUAUGGAAUGGGAAGGGUUAUUGCCCCUAUACUCUUUCCAGCACUGCAGGGUCUGUAAUGCUUUCUGGUGUAGGGAAGAUCAGACCGCUGGAAUGCACACAGUUGAUGUUUUGCAGUGAACACAACUGAGCAGAAGUGAAAGCACCCCACUGUGCCUACUCUGUGGUGGUGGGGGAGGUGGAAAGGUCUUACUUCACCUUUGUUGUGUCCUCAUGGUGUUGUCCAGUUUAGCUCCUUUAGUUGGGAUCUGUUUUGGAGGAAAGUGGAGUGGAAUCCUUGGCUGUCUGCUGUGAUGGAUUUACCCAAGGCUAGCUGGACCAUAAAGAAGGCUGAUUGCCGAAGAAUUGAUGCUUUUGAAUUAUGAUGUUGGAGGAGACUCUUGAGAGUCCCAUGGACUGCAAGAAGAUCAAACCUAUCCAUUCUGAAGGAAAUCAGCCCUGAGUGCUCACUGGAAGGACAGAUCGUGAAGCUGAGGCUCCAAUACUUUGGCCACCUCAUGAGAAGAGAAGUCUCCCUGGAAAAGACCCUGAUGUUGGGAAAGAUGGAGGGCACAAGGAGAAGGGGACGACAGAGGACGAGAUGGUUGGACAGUGUUCUCGAAGCUACCAGCAUGAGUUUGACCAAACUGCGGGAGGCAGUGGAAGACAGGAGUGCCUGGUGUGCUCUGGUCCAUGGGGUCACAAAGAGUCGGACAUGACUAAACAACAAGAACAGCUGUUUACCCAGGUGUUUUGAGGUGGCUGGUUACUGUCCAUUGUUGCUUGCUUAGACUCUGUUACCUGCUGAUUUUAUAGUUUUACAUGACUUUUUAAAAAUAAUAAUUUAUAUACCACCUUUUGUUUCAAGAAAAAAAAAUACACGGGUGGUUCACGAACAAAUGGAAGCCGGCAGCAAAAUAACAAGGAUAAAAACAGCUUAUUAAAAAUAGUAAUAAUUAAAAUACUGUACAUGGUAAAAUAAAUUCAUCAAGAACAUUAAAACACCUGUUAUUUAAAAUGUAUAAUGAGUGAGCCCAUUAAAACCCCAUAACAUCAGUUGAAGCAGAAGAUUCAAGUCAGGAGACAUAGGGGGUGCUUAUCUCCAGGUGUGUCUUCAAGAAUGCCAGCACUGGUGGGUCCAGGUGUGUGCCCCACCCCAUGCUCAAUUGAUAGAGCAAAGUGAGAAAUAAAUAAACAAGUAGGAACUCAAGUGGAGGGCUGUGCCUGGUUCCUGGGCUGUUGAUUCCCACCUAGAAGAGGAGGCAGUGGCAGUAAGGAGGAAGAGGGGGGCAGACUCAAAAGAGGGCUCCCCACCAAGGUUAUCUUGCCCAAAGCCCCACCUCCACCCCCACAAAGACAACUUGCCCAAGCCUACGUAUGCAUUAAUUGAUGGCAGAAAGACAAGAAAUGACAAACAUAUUCUCUUUUCUUUCUUGAGAAAAGUCAGCGUUCUUGUCUCUUUGAUUAAAAAUCAACUGUGGUUGAGGUUGGGUUUUUGUUUUUUUUAAGUGGAAUAAAGGCUGUUCAAGGAAGCACCUUGGUAUAUUCUGGCCCAAAGCCCUCCAUUUAAUCUUCAGCAAUCCUGGCUAAAAGGAUUUGAGAGGCCUUGGGCUGAGGUGAGCAUCAAAGACUCGAUUAAGUGUGAGGAAGUCAUUUCUAAUUUACAUCAUGGUUCCUUGGGAAACUGGUCUGCUGUUGACUUGUGGGAAGUGAAAUGUUAGAUUUCCUUUAUCUUAUCUUUCUGAGAAAGUAACAGGAGACUUUGGACGAUGUCCUACUGAAGUGAUAACAGGCCUACCGGUAGGGUCAAGUAGGCUGGAAGGAGCAAGAGGGCAGGGCCUUUUCAGUGGUGCCCCCCCAGCUCUAGUUAUGCUAUUCCCACUGGAUUGUGCCUACCUGGUCUCUUCUGCACAAGUCUCUAUCAAUUACCUAUUCCAGAUUGCUUUUUUCUUACCCAGUUUUAAUUGCUGUUGGUUUUUGAAACACAAUGAUCUGUUUUAUGCUGACCUGUUUGAAAUGUUUCUAAGAUACUAGUUUUUGUAUAUCUUUCAAGAUCUCUUUGGUGAAUUUCUGUGCAGUCUAUAAUGUACUAUACGAGAUGCCUGAGAAGGGCUAGGCAGGCUUCCUCAACCUCGGCCCUCCAGAUGUUUUGAGACUACAAUUCCCAUCAUCCCCGACCACUGGUCCUGCUAGCUAGGGAUCAUGGGAGUUGUAGUCCAACAACAUCUGCAGGGCCGAGUUUGAGGAAGCCUGGGCUAGAGCAACCUAAAGCAAGGGCUGUGUGUUGAGGGGAGCUGUAGUCCAGCAACAUCUGGGGAGCCACAGGUUCCCCAUCCCUACCUUGAAAGGUGAGCUUAAUAUACGCUGAGAAAUAAAAUCAAUAAGUGCCAAUUUCCAGAAUAAUCGGCAUAUCGAUGUCUGAAUUAAAAUGCCUCCUAUGGGGCAGGGGGAGCACCAUAAUUUCAGUGUUUCUUCAUGCAGGCAAAACAACAAUACUUCAUAUAGGAAAUGAGAUAUCCAGGGAGAAAGGGCUCAAGCUUGGUUGUCUCUAUGACAUGGUAGUUUUCUUUGUGUAGUGAUUAUUUUUCACGAGGGCGCGUUCAUGUGAGUGUCUCUCUGUCAUCAGAUGUAGUUCAGUUCAGGGUUUACCACCCCAAGGUUUCCUCUCCCAAAAGAAAAGAAAUACAUUUUUAAAAAGGGGACACUAAUUUGCAUGAAACAUGCACAUGCUAAGUUGUUAAUGCAGAUUUAGAAACAAUUGCUACAAUUUUGAAUAGAAAUACAAUCCAUCUUACCAUAGUGAGGGAGAUUGCAGCCAGCUGAGCUGUCUGCUUGCUCAGGCUGCUUCUCCUUCUCUGGGUUUUUUUUUUUUUUUAUGUUUAAACCAGAGUUUGACCAGUCAGCCUUUCUAACAGAGGACUGUUCUCUGUAACGUAGGACACUGGCCACCCUAACCGCCCCAGUGAGAAUAAGGCCUACAAUUCUGACUCUAGAACGGCCUUCGUUUCUUAACAGGUGCGCUAUCUUUUGGAAUGGGCGGAAGACGAUCUAGAGGAACCCGAAGAAGCCGGCAGCAGCGUGGAAAAGCUGGAGUUCUGCCACCCCUUGUGCCAGUGUUCCAGAUGUGGCCCUGUGCAAAAGGUCUGCCCGUCUUCCUCCUGCCCAGACCUGUCAUUCAUUGUGCCCAGCUCUGAAACAUCCUCCGCCCCUUGUCCUUAUCAGAGUUCAUGACCUCCUGAGAUGAAGCUGCUCUCCUGGGUAAUCAGGCUCCUGAAAGGAUUGAGCAGCCGCUCAGGAGAAGCUUGUUUCCUCUGGAAGAGGCAGGGAGGGGGAGAAAACUUUGCACUUUGUCCUCAACUCACCUUCCUCUCAGGGGCGGAGGAAGGGGGGUGCGAUGGGGGCGGGCCGCCCCGGGUGUCACCACUGAGGGGGGUGACAAAAUGCCGGGCGGCACUCACCGCGGGGCCUGCAGCUCGCCCGAGCCACGCAUCUGUCCUGGGAGUGACGCGAUGGCUUGAGCGUGCGCAGGCUCCAUGCUGCCCAAACAGUCCGCCCGCUGCCUCCCCCUCAGCUGUAGGGUGGCUGAGUGGGAGGAGGCAGGCAGGCUCCUUGGAGGCCCUGUGGAGUGUCCUGCCUCAGCUCGCCCCGCCCCGCGGACGCCUGGCCACGCCCCUGGGCGCAGGGCCCGUGUGCCGCCCCAGGCGCCCAAUCAGCUUGCUCUGCUGCUACAUCUUCUCCCUGCAGACAAUUUCCCUGUCUUGGCAUUGCACUCCUCUUCUUGGAGUCUUUGCCUGUGGGAGAGUAAACAAGUAACAAGGCCUCUGCUCUCAAUUUCCCAGCUGCUGCUUUCUCCCUUGCUAACCAAAUGGAAUCAGAGAACUGUAGAAUUGGAAAGGACCCCAAGGGUCAUCCAGUCCAACCCCCUGCAGUGUAGGAAUCUUUUUGCCCAGUGUGGGACUCGAACCCAUGCCCCUAAGAUUAAGAGUCUCAUGUUCUGCCAACUAAGCUGUGAAAAUCAUACAGCAAUGGUUGUGAUGUUUUAGAUUGAAAGCCUGUGGGCAAGUCCUGUCUGGUUUGGGUUUGUUUGUUUUUUAAAUGUGCAUAGUCAUUUUAGGCACUUGAUGCUACUGCUACUACUUAAUAAAUCACUGUUCAUAAUAAUGGUGAGUUUAUACCAAUACAUUUGCAUCAUCUCAGCACACAAAUAGCACUCUAAAGUUUCCAAAGUGGCGCUGAAUUCCAGGUGGUGGCUGCCGUGGGAUGUUUGCUUGUUUGUUCUCUGUCUGGUACAUGGGGAGUCAGUCAGCUGAGAAGGCUCUGAUGGAAUUUCCCUUUCUUCCUCCCGAUAGAAACUCUUCCGAGUUCCCUCCAAUGGCCUUGGAGUGAACAUCACCAACCAAGAGGGCCUGACUCCGCUGCACGUGGCCUCGCUCCAUGGACAUGCGGACUUGGUCUCCCUCUUACUGAAGCACGGAGCCAACCUGGAGGCAAAGGAUGCUCACCACGCGACACCUCUCCACCUUGCCAGCCAGAACGGGCACUUGCAGGUAAGGGUUGCAGCAGGGAGGUCUCCUCUUCGACCUUACUUAUUUAUAUACCGCUGUAUCAUUAAAAUGUAUCACAGUGGCUUACAACAAUACAAAAACAUACAGUACAGUAAACUCAUAAAAAGAAGACCAUUGCAGGGGAUGCAUACUUAAUUGCUUGCAUAUUUUGCCUGGCAAAAUAAAAGAGUUUUCCAGCAGGCAGUUAAAAGCUUGCAGACAAGGUGCUUGCUGAAUCUGUGCUGGCAGGAUGUUCCACAGCAGACCUCCACUGUUGGAGGCAGUAAAUGCUUCUGAAUACCAGUUGCUGGAAACCUCAGGAGGGAAGAGCACUCUUUUGCUUGGGUUUUGCCUGCGGGCUUCCCAAUCUGGUUGGCCACCAUGAGAACAAAGGGGUGCCCUUUGGCCUGAUCCAGCAAGGCUCUUCCACCCACCCAAUUUUGUUUCCAGUUUUACACACCUUGGGAUUUACCCAAAUCCGUGAUAGCUCCCUUUGUGUGUAUGAAUGAGCAACUGCACUCACCAUGCCAAUAAUAACCUUGCUUGCGCCUGUGCUUUACAAAGCAUUAAUGUGAGUUGGUUUCGUCUAAAGAAAGAAAGAUUGAGAAAAUGCAGGGGACUUGAACCCUUUUACUUCUGGUUUUUGCGUGUGUUGAAACUGUUCAAAGCUGCCAUGGUAACACUUCUUUCCUUUUUUCCACAGGUGGUAAAGUGCCUGAUAGAGUAUAAAGCUAAACAAAAUAAAAAGGACAUUUAUGGAAACACUCCUUUAAUUUAUGCCUGCUUGAAUGGCUAUCUAGAGAUAGCGGCCUUUUUGUUAGAGGUAAGGGACCUUUGGGUAUUUUCAUAUUUUCCUUUCUUUCUUUCUUUUGACUGUGGUAUUUAUUUUUCAUAUUCAGUCAUCAUGAGGUGGCAGAUCUGGCAACAUUCCAAACAGCAGAGGACUUUUCAUCAUACUCUGCUCUUAAUUUCAGCAUUUUGAGAGUACAUUUUAAAGGAUGGGUUGCCCUAAAGCAGAGGUUUUCAACCUUUUUGGGUCCAUGGCUCCCUUGACCAACUAACGUCUUUCUGUAGCACCCCUGUAGGGCUCAGGAGCCCAGUUAUGUCACCCUUUGCCCACAGAGCUGGCAGCCUCUCACCCUUUUUCAAACACCUUCCCUUGUGGAGUGUUCCCUCAGCCUCCUCCCCUCUCCUUGGGAGUCCUCUGGGUGGCUGCAGCUGCCACUCCUGGUCUCUGAGCUGCCCUCCCCCCCCGCCAAAGAGAAGUGCCUCCUCACACUGCCCCACAGGGGCCUGGGAAGCACCCCCUGGCCAGCCCCAGAGGCACCAUGCACCUGCGGAGCUUGUAGCCAGAGCUGCUGCAACAAACAUCUGUGCAAGCCUUUGGGAAGCAGCGACACAAGAGGGCAUCAGAGGAGGGAGGGAAGGAAAGACGCCAGUGUUGCCCAUGGCACACUGGUUGAAAACCACUGCCCUAAAGUAUGAUUGGGGAAGCUCCGUCCCUCCCCAUCAUCAUUGAGAGACCAGGUUGACUAGGUUUGAUGGGAAAGGGAGUUCACAGUUGCCUGGAGGACCACAGCUUCUCCAUCCCUUCCAUAAGAGAAAAGUGGGGGAAAUCUAAGCUUCAUGCUGGCAUUCAUUUGUAUAAACUUGCCCUUAGUUAUAUUAAAUGUCAGUUACAGAUCAGCUACUGCAGAUGAACUCACCUUAUCAUGUGAGCAUAGUGGGCUGGGAUUCAGAGCGGAAGGAAAAUAGAUUAUUGUGCAGCUAUGCAAAUGCUUCUGCAAGAGCUGUGCAUGGGUGCACUUAGCGCAGAAGCAGCUGGAUUACAUAGCACUCCCCAGGCAUCCUGUUGUGCAAUAGCACAUUUGGAUGUAGUUUCACAUUUCUUCUGUAUCUGGAAGGGUAUCUUUAGAUUCAGCUCGCUGGUCAGGUUCAGGCAUAAUGGGAAACCGUGGUUUCCUGUUGUGUGAAGAACUCUGCCCCCCUUCAAUUGCAGCUACAGUGAAGCGUUGGCCUCCAGUUUGAAACAAGCCACAGUUCAGAACUGUGGUUUAUUUAAAAGCAGAAGUGAAAGCUGCCGGGCUCUUCCUUGUGGCAGCAAAGAGGACGAAAAGGAAGAAGGCAAGUUCACGGCUCCUGCAGGUUCAUUGACAUAAUGGUAAACUCAGUGGUUUCCCACUUUGUCUGAACCAGGCUGCUACUUUUCAAUGGAAAGCACAGUGGGAUGAAUGGAUUGCUUAAUCAUUGCCUUUCUGUUGAUAGCAUGAAAUGAGAGAGUAGAUCUGUCAUUGUCAAUUUGUUACAUUAAAAUGCAUAUUUCCAUAUUGGAAGAGCCAUUGUGGACUGACUUGAGACCUAGAUUCAAAUAUCACAUUUAACCCAUGAAGCUCACGGGUGGACCUUACUCUGAGCCAACCUCACAGGGUUGAUGUGAGGAUAAAAUGGGGGCGGGAGGGAGAUGUAUGUCACCUUCAGCUUCUUGGAUGAAAAGUGGGAUGUAAAUAAGACAAAGGAAGAAUUUGAGAGGGGGACCGUCUUGUACUGACAGAGCAGAUACGUUUCAUGCAGGUUCAAUCCCUGCCAUCUAAAGUUUAAGUGGAUCAGAUGGGAGACAGGAAAGAUCCUCUGCCACAGACCCCCAACAGAUAACAUAGUAAAAGUUGAUGCAACUUCCUCAUCGGUACCAUUUUGAGAUACUGAAAGAAGUAUGAGAACUUGCCGUUUCCGUGUGACCUCCUUUCAGUAUCAUCCCUUGAAUGUCCUUUGCCAUCCUUUCUUUCCCUUCAGAAUGGGGCCUCGGUUAACCUGUACAACAACCAAGGCAACACACCUCUCCAUAAAGCUGUGAUCGGGAGCUAUGAGCCUUUGGUGCGGCUCCUGCUGCAGCAUGGCGCAUCAGCACAUGCUCAGAACAACAGACAGUGCACGCCCCGUGACUACGCUGAGCCUGUAAGUGGCCCAUUUGUCCACAGGAGGAACUUGCUAGCCCACAAGUACAGUAAGCCUACCAGCCUCCAUCUGGACUGAUGCAUUAUCAGCCAGAGAUUUCAAUGGGGGGUGAUUGGCUCCAGCUUUAGCCUGAAGCUAUAAUUCUCAAGCGGCAUAGAUCAGGGGCUCCCGGACGGUGGUUUGUGGACCACAGCUUUAGUCAGGUGGAUUUGAGAGUGUCUGCGAAGGACACUUGCCCUUUGAGUUCUAUGGAAUCCAAAUUGCAAUACAAGAAAAUGUAAGAAAUAAAAAGCAGUAAAAACACAAUUAAAAAAACAUACAGCAUCUAGCACAGUGCAUUCCAAUUGCUACAAUGGGCAAAAAAAAUUAUGAAGAGGUCUGGCAAGACUCUCAACAUUUUUCAAGUGCUCCAUGGGUGGGGGCGGGUGGGAGUUUGGGACCCCCUGACAUAGACAACAAAAGUAGGAGUGUGGUAAUUGGUAGGACUAGCUUGCUGAUCAAUGAUUGGUCAGAUAUUGUCCAUCGUCCAUCCAUUGUUUGACUGUACUAAAAUAUUCCAAGAAUCCAGAACGGUCAUGAUGCUCGGAAAAUGUACCUGCUUCUUUAUUAUACACCCCAGCCCUUUAAAAACUUGUUUUUACAGUGUUCUGAACCACUGUUAAGUGGCAUUUUCAUUCGUUGUGCUGGAAGUUCUUAUGCUAGAAAUAUGUUAUUUUAUUAUAUGUUAAUUGUAUUUGAUCAUUUUUUUGCUGCAAGCCACUAAAACAACAGUGCUGUUGGGCAGCUUCAUAUAAUAUACAGCAAUAAAAUAAAAUAAAGUAUUUUUUAAAUGAGAAACUACCUCCUCUUUUUGUCCCACCUAAUUUAAAGAAAUCGGGUAUCCUUGAGCUGCUGAGGACCGUAGUAACCUCAGAAGAGGGAAGAAAGACUGACUGCAGAUCUCAUGUGGCUGGGAAGAGCAGGAAAAAAAGUGAGUGUGGCAUUUUGACUAGCAGAAAUGAAUCACACUGGGGACUGACCUUACUAAGCAGGCGGAGGGCUGGCGGGCUGAGCAGGGCAGGGAAGCUCAUUUGCUGCUGUGCCAGAUGGAAAGGGUCUCUGCCUUCUCUAGUUGCCUUGAUAUAUGUGUUCUUUUCUGAAGAGCUUUUUCCAAAAUCUGGUUAAAAAAGGGAGCUGUGAUGAUGGGGGACAAACCUCUGUUCCACUAGCUGGUGUGGAGAGAGCAGCUUGAAAGGCUUGCUUCUUGUUUUUCUUUCUUCAAAUGGCAACACUGAUAAGUCUGCAAAGACGUUUACAACUUGCCAGGUAGCUAGAAAAACCACCCCACGUCCUGUGGACUAGCCCUGUGGCGUUUUUGUUUUUUUUUUGCAUUGCAGUAGGCUUAGCACAUACAGGCAAACUCCUUAGCUUUGGUAAUGCAAAGACCGCAGCCCAACUUGGGACUUAAGGUUCACAAAAUUUUAAAAAACAAAAACAGAAUGUAGGAAGCUGCCUUAUACCAAGUCAGACCAUUGGUCCAGACCAGGGUCUCAGGUAGAAAAAGGCAUCACCCACUACUUCAGAUCCUUGUAACUGAAUACACUAGGAUUGAAUCUGGGACGUUCUAAUGCAAAGAAUGUACUCUACCACUGGGCUAUGUCCUUUCCCCAGUGCUGGCAAAAGGGCUGCUGUGGCUACUCUGCUCAGUUUUUUGGGGCAAGAACCUAGGAAUGUGCCAGGUCUAGCUAUUCCCCAUUGUCCACUGAGGCUGCCAGCAGCUCCCUAGGGCAGUGAUGGCCAAACUUGGCCCUCCAGUUGUUUUUGGACUACAACUCCCAUCAUCCCUAGCUACAGGACCAGUGGUCAGGGAUGAUGGGAACUAUAGUCCCAAAACAGCUGGAGGGCCAAGUUUUGUCAUCACUUCCCUAGGGUCUCAACCGGAGAGCUUUCCCAUCACCUGACCCUCCUUAUUAGAGAUGCAGAGCAGGUGCCUUAUCCCUGCCUAAUGCAGGUAGAUGUUACCUAAUGCACUUUGUGCCAACACCUGGGGUCAGAUCGGUCCCAGGAGAGCUAAAUACCUUUGUUUUCCUGUUGUGUAAGCAGAGAUGUCACUGGCAGCUUAAAUAAUUCUAAGCUUUCUUUUUAAAAAAGAACAAGAGCCAGCCCUGAUCCGGUGUUGUUACCUGGGAUGGACAAGGCUCUGCCUUUCCUUUUAUAGCCCCACCCAGUUUACUCCAAGAUGAUUGUUUCCUGCCCUAAGUGGGAAUGAUUGACAACAGCCCAGUAUUCUUGCUAAUGUAAUUCAAUCCCCACAGGGAUAUUUUUGCACCUGCCGUUUUCUGCCGCCAGCACUAAGGAGUUGAUCCUCAUGAAGUUUAUUCUAGGAGACCUCGCCAUAAGAAGGGAUUUUUGAAAGGCUUGGGAGUGGGCUGGGUAGUGAUGCGUGGGCCACAUAGGUUGCUUCAUGGCCUUCUGCUCAGCCUGUAUGUUUUGCAGAUGACCAUGUGAAUGUAUGGAGCACAGCAUAUGCUAGACAGGGUGCCAUGUUGAACAAAACCAGUUUCUGGGUUUGGGGCGAUUUUCAUGUUCUGCAGGCAGCAGAAUGAGGAGGUCAAAUCACCUGCACUGGCAGAAUGGACGUGCGGGUGAGAAUACCUUUAUUAAACACGUAUUCAAACUUCCCUGCAUAUAAGGGAGGAAGGUUUGAUCUCCCCUCCCAACACCUGAAGUGGUGCAGUCCAUUCUUCUGAUUCAUUCCCGCCUCAUUCUUCCUGAUGCCUGAGUUCAGCCACAGAGCGGAUCUUAGGAUUCUCGACCCGCUGUAGCAAUGAUGCCAAGCUGCUCAGGCAUCUCUACAGCUUCGGUGGCUUUUAAGUUAGCUGAAGGUGGCUUUCAUUCCUUCUUAAUUCAGGAUUGUGUGGACUUGAUUGCUAAAGAAGUAUGCCAAUUUAAUGGUUUUUGUUACUUAAACCUGCAGUCAGUUUUAAAUCUCCCGAGAUAGCAGACGAUCUCGUCGCCAGGCGCCUUCAGCUGGUCCAGUCAAUCAACCGCUUUAACAAGUAAGCUUCAAAAACUGCCUUCCGAGUGCUGCCUGCCAGUACUGCCAAAGCAUCAGAUAACACUGCAUGCUGUCUUCAAUUGGGCUGGAGCUGCAGGAUGUCUUCCAAGCCAAUCUGGUGUGGUGGUUAGUGUCAAACUAGGACCUGGGAGACCAGGGUUCAAAUCCCCACUCGACGGCCAUGAAGCUCACUGGGCUUGCUGUGCCCACCACUUUCCCCACUUUCCUUCAUAAAGGGGUUGCAGGGGGAGUGUCAUUGGUGGAUCAAUGCAUUUGCUUGUGCAGACACGUGUAGCACCUGCUGUGCAUUUGAACAGGGCUUGCCUAUGUCGUGCCGAUCUAAACAUUCCAUAUUUUGAUAGAAACCGUAACCUGAGUUUGAGGUCUUCAUUUGAGCAGGAGCUGGGACAAGCUUUUUGCCCUUUCAUUUAGCCCUUCCAUAGUACAGUGGUACCUUGGGUUACAGAUGCUUCAGGUUACAGACGCUUCAGGUUACAAACUCCGCUAACCCAGAAAUAGUACCUCGGGUUAAGAACUUUGCUUCAGGAUGAGAACAGAAAUCGCACAGUGGCGGUGUGGCAGCAGCGGGAGGCCCCAUUAGCUAAAAGUGGUGCUUCAGGUUAAGAACAGUUUCAGGUUAAGAACGGACCUCCAGAACGAAUUAACUUCUUAACCCAAGGUACCACUGUAUGAGCCAACACACCAGGAGGUCUUCAAUUAACUAUUGUUUCAUCUUUUGUCCAAACUGGGGAAAAAAACUAUGGUUACUAGCAUCAGAACAAACCAGGGUUUGAAGUUGGUUCAAUUACAUUGGCUUAUUCCAAUGCUGGCAACCAUAGUUUCUCCUUCUGACACACCAUUUGGCACUUAACAGAAUUCAGCUCGGUCAGGUCUCUACUACUUGAGGCAACUUUCGGAGACUGCACAGGGAGCUGCAGCAGAGAGGAUGGCUGAAAAGCCCUUGUGCUUCUCUUUUGGUUCCAGCCUUUGCAUAUGCCACCUGGUUAGUGAAUCCUAAAAUAUAGAAAGGGAGACAGAAAUGUUUUUCAAUAAAUAGGGCCACAUCCAAAGGUGCCCCACGGAAAGUUGACAUUCUGUGAACAUGGGGAGCCUUGAUCCUGUGGAGGCCCCUGUAAAUGGAUCAAAGAGUGAUUUUUGCAGAUUUCUCUCUGCCACUCCUCCAGUUCUAUUUAGAAAAGUUCACCAUCCCUCUGAAGAGAUGGAGCAUGUAGGGAAAUUGCCAAAAUUGCCUCCCUCCACAUCAGUUCAAAGGAGUGUCUGUUGGACCCCAAAUGGAAGGGCACUUUUGAAUCCAACUCACGAUGUCCUAGCCAUGUCCAAGUGUGUCACAGUGACACCUCCACUGCUUAGGUAGGGCUGACUUUGUUUAAAGAGCCUGAGCACCUGCAAAGAGGUCAGGUUGUACAACACUCUGUGACGUCUCAAUUAGUGGCUGGAGAAUAAGGAAUCCAAUACACAAGCUGGCUGUCCCUAAUUUAGACUGUUGGAAAAGUAGCUGAUGCUCCUAAGGGUAAAUUGAAAUGACUUGUCUUCUGACCUUUGUACGCUUAGACUCUAAAGGACAGCUCAUGACAUUUAUACCCCAGGAAGGUCAAAUAUUAAGAAUUUUCAGCAAAGGCAAUGGAGCAGGUUUUGUUACUGAAAUACCGCCACCUGGUGGCUGGCAGAGAUACACUGCAGUACUGAGCGACUUGUACUGAAAUGUAACCAAGUUUCUUUUAACCUUGUUUGUUUGUGUCUUUAGGUCAAAAGACUUGCGGAAAACUAUAACGAGAGAUAAAAGUGUCCCUAACUUUAAUGAUGAAUUACUGCACCAGGUAGGAAGACAGGUUUGAAAUGAAGGACUUGCUUUUUUACUUUUUUAUUUCAUAAAAUGUAUAUACUGCUUGGUUGUAGAAAAAACCCUCAAAGCGGUUUACAAAAAUUGCAAACUGAAAUAAGUGGUGGCUGAGAUUCUUAGGGUGUUAGUUCUACAAAUGUGCUGGAUAUGCAUCAUAAUAGACGAGAGUCUAUGGCUGGGGAGACCCGAUUUCAGACCCCAACUUGCUACGGAGUUGGUUGUAAGCUUACUCAACAGUCACACAUACUCACCUGGCAUGUUAUGAAGAUAAAAAUGGGAGAAUCCCGAUGUCUCCCACUGUGAUCUCCUUGGGAGGAAGGGCAGGCCAUAAUUAAGGUGUGCCAGCCAUAGCCCCUUCCUCAAUAUGGAGUGCCUCUUACUUGAAUGAUCCAUUCCUUCUCCCCUAUAUUUUUAGUUAUCUAGUGGAGAGGUCCAGUAGAUGAAUUGGUUCAGAAAAAGACAAUUAGGAUGGCCAGGGAUGAGAAAAAAAAUAAAGACAUUGGUUAAAGAUACUCGAGGCAGGGGUUUGGGGGGGUAGGCAGGAUAGCACUCUUUAAAUCCCUGAAAGGCUUUCACAAAGAGGAAAGCAAAGAGUUGUUUUUUGCUGCCCCAGAAAGCCAGACUUGACCCACUGGGCUGAAGUUACAGGAGGGUAGCAGCUGAUUAGUAGGAGAAACUUUUAAUAGUAUUUGCUUUAGAUUUAUCAGCCAGAUAAAAAUAAAACAUCUUAAUGUGCUCUUUUUUGUUUUGAUUCUCAAGUUAGCUAUUAAGAGCUUUGAUAAGAGCAAGCUAAAGCCUGUGGAUCCUUUAAAACAAAGUAGGAUGCAGAUCCUUGACUUCGGCAGCAGAGGAGAGCCCACACUGGAUGAAGUCGAGUCUGACGUGGCAGCAGCGCCUCUUAGAAGUAAACUAAUGCAUCGGAGACACACAGUUAAUGUGGCCCUUUCAGAUGCAGAUGACAUCCACAAUUUAUCCAGAGAUCCCACUGUUUCUUCACUGGAAGGCUGCUCUGAUGAUUGAUGCUUUCGAAAACACUGGCAAGGAAGCAAGUUUGUAACCAAAAACAACAGCAGCAGCAGCAACACCACCAAUUGGCGUCAGUUCCACUCCCUUCAAGAAUCAAAGAAUCCUUAGGAUCAAGGCAUUCAAAACUGCAAUGUGAAGACUGGCAGGAAGAGGAACCUCUCCUCCCUCAACCAACACAGUUUGCAGUUGGAGACAGAAGGGCUGUUUAUUUGCAGUUGGAUCCACAAAACCCAACAGGUGUGAUCCAUUUUAAACACACACACAACUGAGAUGUAUAUGGAGAUAUCAAAAACUAUGAGACACAUUAGUCUGUACUUGAAGUCUUGAAAUCAGAUAUAACUGUAAUGGGUGUAAGUUUGGAACAGAAUACCUAUGGGACUUCCAAGGCCUACAUAAUUAUAGUUUGAAAAGACAGCGGUUUCUUUCCAUUUUUGCACUACUAGUUUACACCAAUUGUUGAAAGGAAUUACACACACCGGCAGCAUAGUUUGACACAAAGGGCAAGAUUGCACAGAUCCUUUGGUUCUCAUUUAUUUUAUUGAAACAUGGGCCAUAUAUGGGUAGUUGGAAGUGAGGGAGGUUAUAGUCACUGUUUUAUAAACAAAGGGUACAUCUUCUUAUGGAGAGCAGGACUUGGAUUUUGAAUCAUUUUAUUUUAUGUAGCAGCCCACAUUAGUGAACAUAUUCUCAAAUACUUGUAUUGAGACUACAACCUUACCCUAUUUAAUUUAAAAUAGCAAAUAUGCAUGGCACAAUAAUACGAUUCCACUAAAUGCAAUGAGUCUAGCUAGAGAGUACAUCUGUAUCCACCGGGUCUUGGAAGAGCUGCUUAGUUGACCUUACUUGAAAAGACACUUCCAGAUUGAUAGAUGGGGGCACUUUUAGUAAUGGAGCGUCAUUUUGGUAAACAUUCCAUUCUUUAUUUUUAUUUUUAAGAGGGGUUGAAUUAUCACUUGAACAGCACAAUAACUUUUGUCAAUUCCAAUUCUGUUUUUAUGUAAUAUUUGUAAACAAUACAUUGGGUUUUUAUUGUUUAAUAUUUCUCUGUUCAGAAUGUUAGUGCAAGGUAUAUAAAAAGGUAAAAUGCUAGUGGGCUCCUGAAGGACAAGGAAAAGUAUAUUUUUCUACUAAGUAAUUGAGUUCACCUAGUUUUCUUACAUGCCUUUGACUUGUGCCAAAUGAUGGGAGAGAGAAAGAAAUAGUAAAAUUAACUAAUCUAUGCUCUUAAUGUGCGACUCUUUAUUUAUGGUAAGUCAUGAAUUGCAGCUUGCUGGUUGAUGGGAGCUGCUGCCAUAAAGCAUUUUCUGAAAACUUUAUAGCCUGUUGCUCAUGUUCCAGUUUUAGCAACACAGAUCUAGU